ACAGUUGACUUGGUCACUGAAAAGCCCGCUCAUUUAUGUUCAAGUUCAACAAGUGCAGCCUUAAUUUCCCCUGGAAAUGCGUUUGCAUUUCUCCCCCUCCUCCUUCCUCUGCCACAACUUUUGUUUGGCCACGGCCAGACAUACACCCAGCCUGGGGGUGUGUGUGCGCGCUCUCUGGAUGACUAUAUAAGUGGACAGACGCCAGGCAGGGGAGCUAAGCUAGGAGCUCCUUUUGCAGAAGCAGGAGCAGGCAGAGACAGGAGGCGAGGCCAAGGAAGGGCACUGCGGGACUCCUCUGACGGGCAGCAUGGCAGAAGGUAAAAAGAGAAAAGGGGAAGGAAACCCAGAAAGGAAUAGGGAGGCCUCUUCUCUCUGGCUCAGGGCAGAGAUCUUGUCUUCUUCUCACUGUCUUUCUGCAAAUGCUUUUGCCUAAUUGUAAUGCAAAAGGAUACGGACAAUAUUUUUGUGUGUGUGUGCAUACUAACUCCAGAACGAGCAUGUUCCAAGUCGACUCACCGACUCUAUUAAUGGCAACCUUGUCAAAACAAACUGCACUACUUUUACUCCUUGAACCUAAACUGUCCACUCAGUUGUUGAAAGAUGUUCUGCUUGUUAUUUUUUCUUUUUAAAAAAGAAGAAAUUCUCAAUUGGGAAAAGUUGGGGUAAACACAAGCUAAAGCAGCUGUGUGUGGUGUAUGUGAGUUUAGGGACAGGCAGCAAUUAAUUUAUCCGUAUAAUACUGAAAUGAUUUUUAAUAAUUUUUGCUUUUAAGUAAGGAAAAAAAUACCAAAAAAGGGAAACUUUGGAAGAAAAAGUUGGAAUGUUUGAAUAGGGUUUGCAGGGAGUUGUUAGAAAAUGAAAUAUAUAUAUAUAUUUAUUUUAGAGUGCUUCUUGCACAUCCAGAAUUUAUAACAGUUACAGCCCAAUGGAAUAUUUUUCUGCACAAACCCCACUGUAAUUAAAUUCCUGUCUUUAAGCUGAAUAUUUUCUGCAGCUAUUCCCCGCAUUGGCCAAGGAGACAAAUCCGCUUUCUUGCUUUCUGCCCAUGGUUUUCGCUUUUGGAAACUCAUCUUCAGAUUCAGAAGGGACGUCCUGCAGGUCUACGCAAAUAAUUGCUUUAGCGCGGAAAAUUGUAGAGAAUUCCUUCUGCAGGGCUUCCUUUCAUCUUCCUCAUCACUCUUCUCUGAAGUUUAAUUCUCGGUUCCUCCAUGUCCUUGUUAUUAAUAGGGAAAACCUUGCUGGGUCUCUCAGGAGAGGAUGGGUGCAUGAGAUCCACAGCUUAAGAACAGGGGCUCUUGGCUUUGGUUUUUGCACAGACCACUUUCAUCUUCAUCCAAGGUCUCCUAUGCAAUGCUCAUUCCGGAUCACCUUUGCAAAAAUACACUUUCCUAGCGCUUAGCUCGGCUCUUCUUCAGGCAAAUGAAAACGGCCCUUGCAAAACCUGAGCUGCCAGCUUAUACGACGCAGCCUCUUGCAAGACCCCAGCUGCUUUGCAAACUUACUAAGCUGGUCUAAACCCUUGCGGGGGAGAUUAGCAAGACCACCUCUCCUCUCCCACUGGAAUGGGCACGAGGGCUAUUUCUGAAGCCCUGGGUUCAAAUCUCAGCUCAGCUGUGAAAUUCACCGGUGUGGUCAGACACCAGCACCAUCCCUUGGCUUCACAUACCUCACAGGGUUAAGUCCUCAUGAAAAGUGACAAUUCUUGAGCUGGACUGUUCUGUUUUCUCCCUUGGGAGGCUUCCUCCCAUCCUUCUACUUUAUUACAAGGACAAAGAAGAAGCCAUCGACCUAGGAAGGGGUGCAAACUCUCUUUCACCAGAGGUUUAUAAGCAGAGGUUGGAGGGACACCCGUCAGGGAUUCUUCUGCUGAAAUUCCAGAAUUCCAGCAUUGCAAGGGGGUUGGACUAGAUGACCCUUGGGUACCUUCCAGCGAUUCUAUGGGGUGAUUGUCUGUAUGCUUUUAGACCUCUUCUUUUCCAGUGAUGCUUUACCAAGGAGUCCACUGGUCCUUGCAAGCUGGUGCAACCUCUUUCCUCAGGAAUAUUGACGUGGGUGUCGUGCAUAUGGCAUAACACUGUUUGCUUUCUUGCUGUGUGCCCUCAGUGUGCAUGGAUGGGCAGGGAGAGAGAAACGGAAAGAGAGCCCUAGGGUUGUGGCACAUGUGCAAUUUGUGUCCUAUACAAAUUCAGAAGUUGGGAAAAGACCUAAAAUGGUUUAGGUCAGGCUAUCUGAAAGACCGUAUUCCCUCCUAUGAACCUGCCCAGACAGACAGACAGACAGAUAGAUAAUUAUUUUAAUUCUAUUAGGGUUAAAUUGCUUUCUAAUGAUUAUCUUUGGUAUGUUUUUAGCUUUUUUAAAUUGGCAUGUGUCAUUUUAAUUUAUGUAAGCUGCCAUUUUGGGAAAGGGGUGGGUUAAUAAUAAUAAUAAUAAUAAUAAUAAUAGCAGUAGCAGAUCAUUAAGGCAUUUUGUUCCACUUUGGAAAGAGCUCCAAAAUCUGGGCAUGGAGGGAUUCAGAUAGAAACAUAGACCACAGGAAGAUUCCUUAUUCUGAGUCAGACCUCUGGUCCAUCUGGCUACUGUACAGAGCACACUCUGGUGACUUCAGAGCCGGAUUAUUGCAAUUCACUCCACGUUGGUUCUAUUUAGAUCUCACACAACCCCGGUUUUAAAAGAGCUGCGCCGGUUGCCCUUUCGUUUCCGGGCGCAAUUCAAGGUGCUCACGUUGGUGCUUAAAGCCCUGAAUUACGCAGGCCCCAAAUACCCAAAGGACCUUCCCUGCAGACCCUCUUGAAUGCUGCGAUGGGCAGAGAGGGGCCCUCUUGGUAGUCCCUCCACUUUCAGAGGCCCAGGGGGAGAGGGCCUUCUCUGUGGUGGCUCCCAAGCUGCAGAGCUCCCUCUCCAUGGAGGUCUCUCUGGCACCUUCACUGUGCAUCCUGAAGGUUGCUGAUGACGCGUCUUCUUACUUUUUACUUUUUACACCUGAGGUGUGUGGUUUUAGGACCCACCUAUCUAUCUAUCUAUCUAUCUAUCUAUCUAUCUAUCUAUCUAUUUAUUUAUUUAUUUAUUUAUUUAUUUAUUAUUUAUUUAUACCUCGCCCAUCUAGCUGGGUCUCCCCAGCCACCCUGGGUGGCUUCCAACAAAAUAUUAUAAUACAGUAAUGCAUCAAACAUUAAAAGCUCCCCUAAACAGGGCUGCCUUCAGAUGUCUUCUAAAAGUUUGGUAGUUAUUUUUCUCUUUGACAUCUUGUGGGAGGGCGUUCCACAGGGCGAGUGCCACUACCAAGAAGGCCCUCUGCCUGCUUCCCUGUAACUUGGCUUCUCACAGCAAGGGAAUCGCCAGAAGGCCCUUGGCGCUGGACCUCAGCAUCCCGGCAGAACAAUGGGGUGGAGACACUCCUUCGGAUAUACUGGACCGAGGCCGUUUAGGGCUUUAAAGGUCAGCACCAACACUUUUAAUUGUGCUCGGAAACGUACCGGGAGCCAGUGAGGGAACUGCCAGAAAGCUCUCGGCGCUGGACCUCAGUGUCCAGGCAGAACAAUGGGGGUGGAGACGCUCCUUCAGGUAUACUGGACCAAAGCCGUUUUAUAGCUGCAAGUUGUUUUAAAUUGUUUUUAAUGCUGUAACCCACCCUGGGACUUUGGGGUGAAGGGUGGGAAAUGAAAAAAAUUAAAGCUCAGUAUUAUCUACCCCGACUGGUAAGGGGUUUCCGGCAGGAGUUACUCGCAGCCCUAUUUGGAGACACUGUCCCUGACCCAGGGACCUUUUGCAUGCAAAGCCCGUGAGCUGAGCCCUUCCCUAGAUGAGGAUUGUUUCAGAAGCAUCCGUGCUCCCCUUCCUUUCCUCUUUCCCUGCGUGUAAUAGCUGUGUGUAGAUUUACAACUGCCAGUCGCUGCACAUUCACUAGACCCCAAAGAGCGCUGACUGAGCGUGGGCUGCCCAAUUGCACAAGGACAACGGCGGGUGUCAACUUCUCUGCUGCUGCGGAUCCAGGUUGGCGCCUUUCUGAGCUGUCAGCACAGAGGAAAUAGUGAAAAACAUACCACCGGUUGCCUCAUUUUGCCGGAUGCUCACGUGAGAGUCUGUGUUAGAAGUUCAAGAGAGCGUGGCUGACUCGCAAGGCAGGAACUAGGCACUAAAGACGCCCACAACCAGGAGGAUGAUUCUCAACAGCAGCUUUAAUAAUAAUAAACAUAAUAAUAAUAAUCAAAAUAAACAUAACAUGAGCCCUGCUGGAUGAAGCCAAUGGCCCGUCUAGUCCAGCAUCCUAUUCUCCCAGUGGCCAACCAGCUUCCGCCAAUGUGCUGCCCUGUACUUCCAUAGCUAAUCUUUGGAACCCCCUUUCUGCAUAAGGCAGCUAUGGGCACCAACUGGGGUAGCUUAAAAAGAGGGUGAGACAAAUUCAUGGAGGAGGAGAGAGAGCUAUCGAAUCUAUAACCCACAAUGGCUGUGAUCUGCCUUCACGGCUGGAGGCUGUGAUGUUACUGAGUACCAGUUUCUGGAAGCCACAAAGGGUAGGAAGGUAAUAAUUUAUUAUUUAUGCCCCACACAUCUGGCUGGGCCUCCCCAGCCACUCUGGGCGGCUUCCAACAGAACACUAAAAUACAAUAACCUAUUAAACAUUAAAAGCUUCCCUAAAGAGGGCUGCCUUCAGAUGUCUUCUAAAAGUCUGGUAGUUGUUGUUCUCGUUGACAUCUGAAAGGAGGGUGUUCCACAGGGCGGGUGCCACUACUGAGAAGGCCCUCUGCCUGGUUCCCUGUAACUUGGCUUCUCGUAGCGAGGGAACUGCCAGAAGGCCCUCAGCGCUGGACCUCAGUGUCCGGGCUGAAUGAUGGGGGUGGAGAUGCUCCUUCAGAUAUACUGGACCGAGGCUGUUUAGGGCUUUCAACACUUUGAAUUGUGCUCGGAAACGUACUGGGAGCCAAUGUAGGUCUUUCAAGACUGGUCAUAAAGCCGUAGAGAUGGAUGGUACCCCAAGGUCAUUCAUGUCCAACCCUGGGCAACACCGGAAUCACAGCUAAAGAAUCGCUCUGUUCGAAAACCUCUGCCGCCUUCCAAGUUAAGUUUGUCCUCCUGCUUAAUGGCUCUUACAAUCAGAAGGUUCUUUCCAAUGUUUAGUCUGAAUCUCCUUCUUGUCAUUUGAAUGCUUUGGUUCGGAUUCUCCCCUGUAGAGCCAGUGGUGUAGCACAUACACACACAUACCAGUGCCCGGGGCAGAGCCAUUUUUAGGAGACCAGCCGAAAUUGUUGAACUUUUUUGAGGGACGAACAUUGGCUCCACCACCCUGCAGCUUACCUGCAGCCCCCCAUGAUGCCCAUCAGCCCUCCGGGGUAUUCAGUGUGUACCACCACCUCUCCCUUCCUCCACUACUGUGUAGAGCAGCAAACGUGCUCCAUUUUUCAUAUAAGAGACCUUUACGUACUUUAAGAUAUUUUUUUGAUAAUAUCUAAGCUUUGUAGGGACGCGGGUGGCGCUGUGGGUUAAACCACAGAGCGUAGGGAUUGCCGAUCAGAAGGUCGGCGGUUUGAAUCCCCGCGACGGGGUGAGCUCCCGUUGCUCGAUCCCACUUCCUGCCAACCCAGCAGUUUGAAAGCACAUCAAAGUGCAAGUAGAUAAAUAGGGACCGCUCCGGCAGGAAGGUAAACGGCGUUCCGUGCGCUGCUCUGGUUCGCCAGAAACAGCUUACUCAUGCUGGCCGCAUGACCCAGAAUCUGUACGCCGGCUCCCUCGGCCAAUAAAGCGAGAUGAGCGCCGCAACCCCAGAGUUGGCCACGACUGGACCUAUUGGUCAGGGGUCCCUUUACCUUUAAGCUUUGUAGGUCACUUAGAGACUUUUGAAGUAGCGAGCAACUAAUAAAUUGAAGAAGUAAUAAAUAAUAAUGUUUUGGAUGACAAGUUGCUCAAGAGACAGACAAGAAGGGGUCAAUUGGGGGGGUCACUUGUGUGUAUCUUCACCCUGUAUUGUGGCCCCUAAACAGUUGGCUUCCUUUCUUCCCCAUUGAGUUGAGGAUUAGGGUCCCCCCUCUGAAAGGACCCACCUUACUGCUGUAAUUUUAAGUUGUUUCAAACUGUUUUUCAUAUUGUGUUUUCAUUUUUUGCAACCCACCGAGUGUGACUUUAAUCCAUCCGAUCUUGGCAUCUCUUCCUUGUUAGCCUUGCUGGUGGUGACAAGCGAUGACUUUGGCUCUCCUUCCUAGAAUGGACUGUUCUGCCCUGACUAAUGGAGAGCAUUGUGUCCUCUGACACUUUUCUUCAAGGUCAAGGGGAAAAGAAAAGUGGAAAUGGAGUGGCAGACACUGUUCCCAAAACAAGUAAUUUGGGGAAAUACUUCUCCCUUCCAGCCAGGGCUGGUUCCUUCUUUCAUGCCCAUCAUCGCCAGAUGGAAAGUGCGAUGGUGCCAUCACAGGUUAAGCACCAGAGAUGGGGCUUUCACAUUGAACACAGAUGAGCUUUUGCUGAUUUCUCAUUCAUUCCAGUGGAAAGUCCUGCAAGGAUUAUGCCUGUAAGGUGGGAAAAUGAGUGCAUUAUAGAAUAGCUACAUUAGAGGUACUUGGCAGGUGAUUGUAAAAUUCAGAAAGUUUUGAGGACAUUCCCUCGGAUGCUUUCCCGUGGUUUCGCCAUGAUCCCACAACAUGGGCAACUCCUGUUUUGACCAAAAGGAAAAGACUGUUCUCAGCUACAAAGCAUUUAAUUAGCAUGCAUUUAGACUGGCAGGUGAUUUUAGGACACGGAUAAGAAAACACUUUUUCUUGCAACACACCUUGAAUGCAAUGCAUUCACAGUACUACCGUUCCUUUUUUAAAAGUGUUUUUUUAAAAUAGUCUAUUGAUAAACAAAAUAAACCAAACAUAAAGAGCUUUAAGAAAUCCUGUUACAGCUGGCUGAAAGCAGCCUAAAAUUGGACAUUAUAAUUGAACUUGUUCCAAAAUGUUACCAAAAAUACCCGUCGUUCCAUAAACCUGCUAGGCUGGUUUAUACGUGUAUUCUUUUGUAGCAAGUUAGCUUGAUGCUAGUAACUAGGGACUAGAUUUUCUCAACCCACUUAGAUAUUGGAGGAGACAGGAGUUUUAGCUAUCCUAAGUACCGGUGUUGCCUCUAAAGCCUGAAAGGGUUUGGGGAUGGGGGUCCCUCUGUUCUAGGAGCGUCUAAAUAAAUAAAUACAUUUUUAUUUAUACCCCGCCCUUCGCGGUUUAAAAUCCGGGCUCAGUGCAGCUAACAGCAAAUAUAAAACAUUGAUUAAAACGCGACUUAAAAACAGCAUAAAAUACAACAUAAAUGCAGUAUCAAUGUCAAUAAAAUUCAAAAAUUUAGGGUCAUUUUGGGGGGGGGGGCGGGAACCCAGUCAGUAAACAUCAAAUGAUCACCAGGGCUAACUGGCCAAGUUGGUCCUACUAGGGCCAGCAAGGAGACCAGGGAAGAGUUUAAACGUGGGGUCCCAGAAGGGUUUCUUCAUAAAAAAGGGAAGGGAAAAGGGAUAGAGGAUCAGGCUAAUUCAAAUUGAAGGCCAGGCAGAAUAGCUCUGUCUUACAGGCCCUGCGGAAGGAGAUCAAGUCCUGCAGGGCCCUGGUCUCCUGGGACAGAGCGUUCCACCAGGUCGGAGCCAUCACUGAGAAGGCUCUGGUGGAGGAUAGUCUGGCUUCUUUAGGGCCUGGGACCUCUAAACUAUGGUUAUUCAUGGACCUUAAGGUCCUCUGCGGGGCAGACCAGGAGAGGCGGUCUGCUGCCAAUGCCCAUUUUCCAUUUGUGUUCCCAGCCUGAAGUGACAUAGGUGGCAAUUAGGAAGAGGCACUUGAUCAGCUGUGGCCUCCUGGCAUUUGAGAUGGCAAGAAGGGCAGAAACUGGGCCUCACAUUUGUUCACAGAACUGAAGAAUGGAAACCAAACCUUAUCAGACAAAUCCUAUUUAGGUACCAGGCAAAUAGCUGCUUACUUGUUCAGGCUGCAGCUCUUUUGGAUCUGCUGGCUUAUCUUCUCACAGUAGUUCUGCGUAUUUGCAUUUUUGUUCACCUUGGCAUCUGACCUGGGAAGCUGGAAUCAAUUCUGGAUAAGAGCAGUAUCAAAAGAAGAGAUCUGCACUCGUUGAAAAAUUGCUGCUAGGCCAAGUUCAAGGUGUUACUAUUAGUCUAUAAAGCCCUUAACAACUUGGCUUACCUAUGAGAUGCCCCACAGGAAUGCUCAAGACGACUUCAAUUGGUGGUUCAACAUUUAUAAGAAUUUGAUCUUUCAGUGCAGCAGCACCAAGACUUUGGAACUCCUUGCCUCUUGAUAUCAAGCAGGCGCCUUCAGUGUAUUCCUUUUGGCGCUUGCUAAGAACAUUCUUAGGGACGUGGGUGGCGCUGUGGGUUAAACCACAGAGCCUAGGACUUGCCGAUCAGAAGGUUGGCAGUUCGAAUCCCCGCGACAGGGUGAGCUCCCGUUGCUCGGUCCCAGCUCCUGCCCACCUAGCAGUUCGAAAGCACAUCAAAGUGCAAGUAGAUAAAUAGGUACCACUCCGGUGGGAAGGUAAACGGCGUUUCCGUGUGCUGCUCUGGUUCGCCAGAAGUGGCUUCGUCAUGCUGGCCACAUGAACCGGAAGCUGUACGCCAGCUCCCUCGGCCAAUAAAGCGAGAUGAGCGCCGCAAGCCCAGAGUCGGUCACGACUGGGCCUAAUAGUCAGGGGUCCCUUUACCUUUGCCUUUAAGAACAUUCUUGUUUAGACAAGACUGCUUAGAAAGUUGGUGUGAAUUUUGACCUCUUUUAGUAUUUUAGCUUUUUAUGUUCUAAAAUAUGGUUACAUUUAUUUUAUUUUAUUGUUUUACCUUUUCGUAAACCACUUCGAUGGCCUUUUAAAAAUACAGUCAAGCAGUGUAUAAUUUUUAUGAAAUAACUAAAUAAAUAAUAACAUUCACUGCCCCAAGAUUUGGUGAAAGCUUCCGGCUUGAAAUGAAGUUGUGGCAAAUUCAUGGAGGAGGAUGGGUGCAAGGGAAGGAUCGGUCAAGAGCUGUCAGUCAAGGUGGACUCAUCCAAACUCCCUUUUGCAACCUGCUUUCUAAACACAGGCCAGUGCUUUAAAGCUCCAUGUCCAAACGGGGGGGUUUUUUUGGUCGUGGUUUACCACUGAAUUGGAGCAAACAGCAAUCUGCAGGAAACUCGAUUGCAGCUUGCUCCAGUUCAGCAGUAAAAUGUGGGUUUUCCCCUGGAAACUGCUAGGACCAAAAAAACCACACAAAUCCACUCAGAAACAAAGCUUUAAACCCCCAGACCUGUACCUAGAAACAGGGCACACAAGGAGGUCUGGAUGAGGCCAAAGUUGGAAGCCACAUCCUGGGGAACAAAGGCAAGAAUGGCUAUUUCCUAUUUUUAUUUUUAUUAUUAUUAUUAUUAUUAAAUUUUAUUUAUACCCCGCCCUCCCCAGCCAAGACCGGGCUCAGGGCGGCUAACACCGGUAUAAAAACAAUUGAUUAAAAUACAACUUAAAAACAAGAUUAAAACACAACAUUAAAAUGCAGCCUCGUUUCAGCAGGAACUCAAAUCAAAAACUUUUUGGGAGACGAAAACGUCAAGUCUUCACCAAGGCCAGACUGUCCUCUGUGCCUGGGCCAUCUGAUCGGCCUGUGUGUCUAUGUGGACCUUUGGUCUCAUCCAAAGAUGCUCUUUUUAAUUUUUUACUUAAGCUCUUAUUAUUUUAAUACUAAUGAUGAUGAUGAUGAUGCAGAAUUGGGAAUACAACAUUGCAAAACACCCCAGCUGCCAGACAACUGUGCGUCUAGGAGGUUGAAACUCCUGGAAAAAUACGAUUCAGCAAGCGAGAGCCGUUAAGCUUCGCUUUGUUCAUUUCCCGAAGGAAGGUGAAGAGGGGAUGGGGGUCUGUUUCAUGUUGGAAAGGAAGCAACAAUAGCAAGGGGGUGAUCAACACUCGCAACCAGCUGCCAGCAAGAGGGGGGAGGGCUCUUUCCAAAGAGGCCCCCAUCCUCCUGACUGUUGCUGCUCACAGGCUUGAAUUUAGAAUCAGAGGAACAUCUCUGGCCAGAAACAUGUUAUUUCCACCACUGCAUGGAAAGUACCUAAGGAUUAGGCCACACAAACACACUCAGCCCUCCCUGAAGUUUCUCCACUGAAAGUUCCUCCAAAGGCUCCUUUUGGUUUAAAAAAGAAAAGGUGGGAGAGAUACAGACAUGGUCAAGUGGUUUGGUUUAAACCUCACCCACACCUCUCCCUGACCUGUAUUUUGAUAACAACAUGGGAAGAGCCUGUUGGAUCAGAUUCCUGCAUUUCAGAGGGUGGGCUGGAUGACCCUCAGGGUCCCUUCCAACUCUACAAUUCUGUGAUUCUAUGAUAGUUCAAUCUUGCCUCGAGGAGUUCCAGAGAUGCUGAUUCCACCACCUACCUCAGCAGCCCAGCCCUGUUCCCUAAGCUGGUUUGAUUCUGAUGUGUUGUUGUUUAGUCGUGUCCGCCUCUUCGUGACCCCCUGGACCAGAGCAUGCCAGGCACUCCUGUCUUCCACUGCCUCCCGCAGUUUGGUCAAACUCAUGCUGGUAGCUUCGAGAACACUGUCCCACCAUCUCGUCCUCCGUCGUCCCCUUCUCCUUGUGCCCUCCAUCUUUCCCAAAAUCAGGGUCUUCUCCAGGGAGUCUUCUCUUCUCAUGAGGUGGCCAAAGUCUUGGAGCCUCAGCUUCAGGAUCUGUCCUUCCAGGGAGCACUCAGGGCUGGUUUCCUUCAGAAUGGAUAGGUUUGAUCUUCUUGCAGUCCAUGGGACUCUCAAGAGUCUCCUCCAGCACCAGAAUUCAAAAGCAUCCAUUCUUCGGCGAUCAGCCUUCUUUAUGGUCCAGCUCUCACUUCCAUACAUCGCUACUGGGAAAACCAUAGCUUUUGCUAUACGGACCUUUGUUGGCAAAGUGAUGUCUCUGCUUUUUAAGAUGCUGUCUAGGUUUGUCAUUGCUUUUCUCGCAAGAAGAUUCUAAUGUACAUCCCUAUAAUUUAGAGCCUGCUUCUGUAUUCACCGGAAUGUUAAGAAGAGGUUGCUGGAUGAGGCCAAUGGCCCAUCUCAUCCAGCCUCCUUUUCUCACAGUGACCAACCAGAUGUGUCUUCUGGGAAACCUGGAAGCAGGAUCCGAGCACCAGAGCAACUCUCCCCUCCUGAGAUUCAGAAGCAUCACUGCCUCUGACUGUGGAGACUGGGCAGAGCCAUUAAUUGUUGUUGUUGUUGUUGUUGUUGUUGUUGUUGUUGUUGUUGUUAUUCAUACCCCACCCUCCCUGGCCAGAGCCGGGCUCAGGGCGGCUAACACCAAUAAAAUCACAGUAAAAACAUAACAGGGGGAAAAACAACCAAUUUAAAAUACAGGUUAAAAUGCAAUUUAAAAUGCAGCCUUAUUUUAAAAGUAGCUGAUAAAUCAAGGCCAUAAGGGGAGGGAAACCUAAGGGUCAGACUGAGUCCAAACCAAAGGCCAGGUGGAACAGCUCUGUCUUGCAGGCCCUGCGGAAAAAUGUCAAGUCCCGCAGGGCCCUGGUCUCUUGGGACAGAGUGUUCCACCAGGUUGGGGCCAGUACUGAAAAGGCCCUGGCCCUAGUUGAGACCAAUCUAACCUCCUUAAGGCUAAGGACCUCCCAAGUGUUGUUAUUUGUGGACCUUAAGGUUCUCCGCGGGGCAGACCAGGAGAGGUGGUCCCGUAGGUACGAGGGUCCUAGGCUGCGUAGGGCUUUAAAGGUCAAAACCAGCACCAUUGUGGCUUAUAGCCCUCUCCUCUUCCCUGAAUUUGUCCAAUCCUCUUCCAAAGCCAUUGAAGUCGGCGGCCACCUUGGCCUCCUGUGGCAGUGAGUUCCACAGCUUCACACUGUGCUGCUUGAAGAAGCACUUUCCUUCUCCUUUGUCCUUGCAGAUCUCCAGCUAGAAACAUGGGACCUGGAAUGCGAGCGCAACAAUCGGGAGCACCGGACCUCCGAAAACGGCAACGAGCGGCUGAUCGUGCGCAGGGGGCAGCCAUUCACCAUCACCUUGCACUUUUCCGGGAGGGAGUACCAGGAAGGCGUGGACCAGCUCACGUUCCACGUUGAGACAGGUGAGUCCUCCUUGAUGCUCCUAACGCAUCCUAAUCCAUCGUGCUGACUUCUGGACUUGGCUGGACCACAACUCCCAGGGAGGCUGGGCUGGUGCGAGUUGGAGUCUGGAGGGCAACAGGUUGCUCAAAAUCAGUGGCAAGCAAGUAGACAGGUAGUGUUGCGUAGUGGUUAGGGUGCUGGACUGGGACCUGGGAGAGGUCAGGGUUCAAAUCCCUCCCCUCGCCAUGAAGCUCUUCCUGCGUGACCUGGGCCCAAUCACUGCCUCUCAGCCUAGCCUACCUCCUGGGUAAUAAAUUAAUAAAGCAAAUAAAUCUGGUUGGACUUUAGAUACCCAGUGGUGGUACUGUAGUUAAAGAGUUGGUCUGGGACCUGGGAGACCAGGGUUCGAAUCUCCUCUCUCUCAGCUUGACCUACCUCACAGGGUUGUUGUGGGGAUUAAACGAGGGUGGGGGAACCAUGUUUUCCGCUUUGAGCCCCGUGGGGGAAAUUAUGGGGUAUAAAUGCAAUAAAUAAAUACGGAUUAAGGCAGCGCUGUUCUUAAGGCGGAGGUUCAGCCCACUAAACUGAGCUGGACAUUUUACAAGAAUGUGAGAAUCCGUUCUCGACAUGCGGGCGCCACAGGUCUGGAUCUUGACCUCACCACACGCAUCCUGGUCCUCAGCCCUCUCUGGUGUAAGCAGGCAAGCCCUGCAUUGCUGGCUCGUGCCUGGGAACUGGGUCUGAAUGUUUUCCCCAGUCUCAAGGCUGCUUUUUAAUGUGACUCUGGCGAAAUGUCACUGGGGUGAAAUAGCUUUGAAUGCUGCAGCCAAAUGGGUGGAAGGGUGAAAUAACAGCCUCAAACUCAUAAGAAUACAGCUUGCAGUGGUGUCCAAACUUUUUUCAAAGAGGGCCAGAUUUGAUGAAGUGAAGGGCUGUGAGGGCCAGCCAGAGGGCCAACCAAAGUUGUUCAGCUUGUUUUAGGAUUGAAAUUGUUGAGUUGCUUUUUCUUAGGAUUGAAUCUACCAGGUUAUACCUACCAGUAGACCAGAUUAGGCCCCCAAAACGGAUUUUGGACAUGCCUUAAGGCUUAAGGGUUUUUCGCCCUUUAAAAACCUCAGUUUUUAGCCCUUUGAAAACCUCAGUUUAAAAACCUCCAGUGCAGAAGACUUCACUGCUUUCUGAGGCAGUUGUGUUAGCAUCUGCCUCUGCCCAGAGUGGCAACCCAGUCAGAUGGGCGGGGUGCAAAUAAUAAAAUUACUAUUAUGAUUAUUACUAAGUAAUUGUGCAAGGCCACUUUUGCUCCAUUCCAAUCCUGCCAACCCUUUUUCUUACUUUAAUCAAAAACCCGCCAACAACUUGGUUCCUCCUUUUUUCCUUUCUUCCUGAUUAUUUUUGCCAAAUUUCCCUUAUUGUUCUUCUGUGGACAAUGCAGCCAGGAAAGGAAAACAUGGCAGAGGACGGGUGACCUCAGGCUCCGUCCCUGGCCAGGGUCCUCUCUCUCGCUUUGUUGUUGGGCUCAGGAAACGCUGGCGGAAAAAAGGGAGUCAUCCUCCUGGAAUUUUGCAGCAGCAGCAGCUGGGCCCUGGAAGCCCAUUUUGUUUUGGCCGGUGACCUCAGAGGUGUUGCAAAAGCAAACAAGGGGGGAACUUUUGUGGAGGAAGCAGAAAUGGAAAGAGAGCAAAUGAUCCAGUUUGUGCAGCGAGAAUGGAGGGAAGCUGUGUGGGGAGCAGCUGGAGGAAGAGGCACCUUUAAGAUGAUGGACUGGACUUGAACUGGUUGGGAUGUUAGGAUUUGAAGGAGCUGAGUAUGUUUAGCCUGGAAAACAGAAGACUGAGAGGUGACACAAGAGCCAUCUUCAGAUAUCUGAUGGGCUGCCAUUUUCUCCUGCUCUGGAGGGGAGGACCUGAAUCAAUUAUCCAGGUUUGUUGUCGUUUAGUCGUUUAGUCAUGUCCAACUCUUUGUGACCCCAUGGACCAGAGCACGCCAGGCACUCCUGUCUUCCACUGCCUCCCACAGUUUGGUCAAACUCAUGUUAGUAGCUUCGAGAACACUGUCCCACCAUCUCGUCCUCCGUCGCCCUUUCUCCUUGUGCCCUCCAUCUUUCCCAACAUCAGGGUCUUUUCCAGGGAGUCUUCUCUUCUCAUGAGGUGGCCAAAGUCUUGGAGCCUCAGCUUCAGGAUCUGUCCUUCCAGUGAGCACUCAGAGGUGAUUUCCUUCAGAAUGGAGAGGUUUGAUCUUCUUGCAGUCCAUGGGACUCUCAAGAGUCUCCUCCAGCACCAGAAUUCAAAAGCAUCCAUUCUUCAGCCAUCAGCCUUCUUGAUGGUCCAGCUCUCACUUCCAUUCAUCACUACUGGGAAAACCAUACCUGGAACCAAUUAUCUGACCAAAUAUUAGGAAGAACUUUCUAGUGGUAUGAGCCAUUUGACAGUGGAACGGACUCCCUUGGAAGGUGACAGACUCUCCUUCCUUGGAGGUUUUUAAGCAGAGGUUGGGUGGCCAUCUGCCAGGGAUUCAUUGGCUGAGAUUCCUGCAUCACAGAGGGGGGUUGGGCUAGAUGACCCUGGAGGACCCUUCCAGCUCCCCAGUUCUGUGAUUCUAAGAGCCAGUAUUUCUCUAACUUCAUACCUUCCAGCUGUGCCUGUUCUUUUCCCAUGUGAGGGCUCUGUUACUGUUUCCUGGAGUUUGUCAAAGCAGAAGAGUCCUGCCAAAUAAUUAGCACAUGAAAUCCAGCCCCCAGCAUUCCUCUCUGAACAUGAUGCUUUCAGACGGGGAGAUGGCGAUUUGACAGUGCAAAGACGUCUUGCACCGUCUUUGUGUUAAGAACAUAAAAAGAUCCUGCUUGAUCAGAGCAAUAACGCAUCUAGUCCAGCAUCCUUUUUUCACAGUGGCUGACCAGAUGGGAAACUUGCAAGCAGGGUUUGAGCACAAGAACAACACUCUCCCCUCCUGAUGUUUCCAGCAUAGCCAUCCCAGCUAAUAGACAUCAAUAGGCCUCUCCUUCAGGGAUUUGGCCAAUUCUCUUUUAAGGCCAUCUAAACCUGCCUCCUGUGGCAGGGAGUUCCAUAGUUUAACUAUGAGCUGUGUGAAUAAUGAAUUUCUUUUAUCUGUCCUGAAUCUUCCAAUGUUCAGCUUCAUUGUAUGUCUUUGAGUUUUAUUGUUAGGAGAGAGGGGAGGGCCUCUCCCUGCUUGGCAGGGGGUUGGACUCGAUGGCCCUUGUGGUCUCUUCCAACUCUAUGAUUCUAUGAUUCUAUGAUUCUAUGAUCCUCUUGCAUCAAACCAUACCAGAUCCUGACAGAGCCAUGGGGUUCAUGAAAUACCCUGCGAUAAUGUCCAAGAACAAAACCAGUAGAAAAGCUGGACGUGUGUCGCCCUCACCCUUGCAGCAACUCUGCAGCAAAAGAGAAUUUGCUUCGGGGAUUAACAGUUUAGAUGAUUCCUUGCAGGGAUUAAUUGAAACAGGGGUCCUUCCAGACAGAUGUUGAAAGUGCAACUGAUGCUCCUCAUAAACACAAGCUUCUUUGCAGCAUCCCCAUGAAAUCAUGAACAUCAAAUGGCAACCAGUAUACUUCCCCCCCCCCAAUGGAUUAAGGUAAAGGUAAAGGGACCCCUGACCAUUAGGUCCAGUCGUGACUGACUCUGGGGUUGUGGCCCUCAUCUCGCUUUAUUGGCCGAGGGAGCCGGCGUACAGCUUCUGGGUCAUGUGGCCAGAAUGACUAAGCUGUUUCUGGCGAACCAGAGCGGCACACGAAAACGCCGUUUACCUUCCCACCGGAGCGGUACCUAUUGAUCUACUUCCACGAUGACGUGCUUUCGAACUGCUAGGUUGGCAGGAGGCAGGACUGAGCAACAGGAGCUCACCCCAUCACGGGGAUUCGAACCGCCGACCUUCUGAUCGGCAGUCCUAGACUCUGUGGUUUAACCCACAGCGCCACCUGUGUCCCUCCCCAAUGGAUUACCUGCUUGCAAAUUAAGCUCCCACCUGUGAUUCCUGCAUUGCAAGGGUUGGUUUAGAUGGCUCUUGGGUGUCCCUCCAAACGCUACAAUUCUAUGAUUCUAUAAAUGCUCCUAAUAAAUGCCUCUGGCUCCAUUCGUUCUCCCAGGGCAAAGCCUCCACAUGCCCUUUUGAGGCUGGGAUGGGAGAAGGAGGAGAGGGGAUGGAGGCUCCCCGAGGUCUCCGACCCCAUUUUAUCUCGCAGCCUCAGGCAGCCAGUGGUGAGUUGAAGAGGACAAGGGCAGGAAACAAAAGGAGGAAGCUCUCCCCUGGCUUGGCCUUUCCCACAGUUCUCUGUGUGGCUUGCAAGGAAGGAGGACUCCCACUUCGUCCUUCCCUUUUCCAGAUAAAACAAAGAAAGCAAAGCACCCAGAGCAGAGCUCGGGUCUCAACUUCUUCAGCCCCAGCUCCAGGGAUUAAUUCGCACACAGCACCGAGAGGUCACUGCCUGGUUUUGCUUAAGAGGUUAAGAACAUCGGACGAGCCCUGCAGGAUCCGACCAUAAUAAAGAAAUAAUAAAUAAAAUUUUAUUUAUAUCCCGCCCUCCCCAGCCGAAGCUGGGCUCAGAGCGGCUAACAGCAAUAAAAGUAACACAGCACUCUAAAAUCAAUUCAUUCUAAAAUCAAUUCAGAGUCAAAUUAAUGGCAACCAUUGGGCUAGAGUUCUGUGAGGAUUACAGGAGGGGGUCAGACUGUUCCUUGGCCAAAGGCCUGGUGGAACAGCUCUGUCUUGCAGGCCCUGCGGUAAGAUGUCAAGUCCCGCAGGGCCCUGGUCUCUGGUGACAGAGUAUUCCACCAAGUCGGGGCCACAGCCGAAAAAGCCCUGGCUCUGAUUGAGGCCAGCCUAAACUCCCUGUGGCCCAGGACCUCCAAGAUGUUUUUGUUUGAAGACCAUAAGGUCCUCCGUGAGACAUACCAGGAGAGGCGGUCCCGUAGGUAUGAGGGUCCUAGGCCGUGAAGGGCUUUAAAGGUUAAAACCAGCACCUUAAACCUGAUCCUGUACUCCACCGGGAGCCAGUGCAGUUGGUAAAGCACUGGAUCAAUAUGCUCCCGCAGCGAGGACCCUGUAAGGAGUCUCGCCGCGGCAUUCUGCACCUGCUGGAGUUUCUGGGUCAGUCUCAAGGGCAGCCCCGCAUAGAGCGAGUUACAAUAAUCAAGUCUGGAGGUGACUGUCACAUGGAUCUAGUCCACUAUCCUUUUCUCAUUGGGCCAACCAGUUGCCACAGUCAGAGGCAGCGAUGUUCCUGAAUCCCAGUUGCUGGAAAUUUCAGGAAGUGGAGAGUGUUGCUCUUGUGCUCGAAUCCUGGUUCGCCACAGGCAUCUGCAUGGCCACUGUGAGAACAGCAUGCUGGACUAGAUGGGAUGCUGGCCUGAUCCACCUUAUGUUCUUAUGAAUUAAGUAGAAAAUAGCUUCUCCUCCUGGGCUUUGCUUGUGCAGCCAGAGCCCUAGAACAAAGGCGCCCCUGGGCAUGCGCAAAAUGUGCUCCUUUUGACCUAUGAUAACAGAAAGGCUGUUUUUUUAUGAAGAGGGGCUACACUUGUGACUUGCUUGCAACAAGCCUCCCAGAUAUUAUCACAGCAGCAGGUGUGGGUUCAACUCAUCCACCCACGUUUCUUAGGGCAAUCCGUCCUGUGACAAGCAAAGCUGGGGCAAGGCAGGUGCCCUAAGAACGCAGCGUCCAGAGUUUUCCUCCAUUUCAGUUGGACCUCUGUAGGAGAACAUCUUGGUGGAUCAUACAGUCAUAGAGUUGGAAGAUACCUUUACUCCAACCUCUGCAGUGCAGGGAUCUCAGCUAAAGAAUCCAUGAGACAUGGCCACCCAACCUCUGCUUGAAAAUCUCCAAAGAAGGCAGGUCCACCACCUCCCGAGGGAAACCGUUCCACUGCCAAACAGCUCUUACGGUCAGAAAGUUCUUCCUAAUGUUGAGUCAGAAUCUCCUUUCUUGUAACUUGAAGCCAUUUGUUUGAGUCCUACCUUCCAGAGCAGCAUACGUAAAACAACCCUGCUCCAUCUUCCAUAUGAGAGCCCUUAAGAUAAUUGAAGAUGGCUAUUGUAUCUCCAGGCUAAACAUACCCAAUUCCCCCGACCGUUCCUCAUCAGGCUUGGUUUCCAGACCCUUGAUCAUCUCGGUCGCCCUCCUCUGCACACCUUCCAGCUUGUCAACCUCCUUCUCAAAUUGUGGCGCCCAAAACUGGACACUGUAUUCUAGGUGUAGUCUGACCCAGGCAGAAUAGGGUGGUCCUAUUAAAGGUAAAGGGACCCCUGACAGUUAAGUCCAGUUGUGGUUGACUUGGGGGUUGCGCCGCUCAUCUCGCUUUACUGGCCGAGGGAGCCAGCGUUUGUCCACAGACAGUUUUUCUGGGUCAUGUGGCCAGCAUGACUAAGCUGCUUCUGGCGAACCAGAGCAGCGCACGGAAACACCGUUUACCUUCCCGCCGGAGCGGUACCUAUUUAUCUACUUGCACUUUGACGUGCUUUUGAAUUGCUAGGUUGGCAGGAUCAGGGACCGAGCAACGGGAGCUCACCCCAUCGCGGGGAUUCGAACCACUGACCUUCUGAUCAGCAAGUCCUAGGCUCUGUGGUUUAACCCACAGUGCCACCCGCGUCCCUUCCUAUUAAAGGUAAAGGGUCCUAUUCCUGAAUCUCAUUUCUUGCCAUUGGAAUCCCUUGGAUUGGGUCCUGCCCUUCAGAGCAGGAGAAAACCAGCUUGCUCCAUCUUCCAUUGGGACAGUCCUUCAGAUAUUUGAAGAUGGCUCUCCUCUCACCUGACAGCCUUCUGCCCUGAACGACGAGGGCACCAGAGAAGACCCGACCCCAGGAUAAGGGACCUUUGUGCGAAAGAUGAGGCUCCAGCCCAUGCCCUGAUGUUUCGACCCACCCUUCCCAGAGCAAAGUGUACCAAUCUGGAUUUAUCCACCCAGGUGGUGAAAGGCCCUUUGUCUCUCCCCCAGGGCAGACCUCAGGUUCCAGGAAGUCUGGGCAGUGAGAGGCUGACACGAGGGCCUCCUCCACCUCGCUGUGCAAAGAGAAGGUCUUGUUGAUGAGCCACCGGGGGUGGGAUGGUCUGGUCUGUUGUGAGGCCACAGGGAUGUUUCCGAUGGAGAAGGGCCUUGCUUUCCCCCACCCUGUAAUUCUCUGCAUUUGUCCGAGGGAGGAAGAACACAGUGAGCUUGUUUGGGAAGAAGGCGGAGGAGAAACAGCUACUCCUGUUCCCCGGGGGGCUGAGUAAUGGCUCCGGCGACUCAAGGAAGCCGUAGCCUAGCCUUGUUCUCACGCUCAAGUGUCCCAGCAGGAUCACACACACACACCGCCCUGCUCCAAGGAGAGAGGUCAAGCAGACUGCACACACCAUUGUGAGCUCAUGUGUAUUUUCGCACACAGACUCCAACUCCGUCCACAACUAGGGUGGGGGUGAGGAGCAGCGCAGGAGACCAGGACUUCACUGGAGGCUUUUCAGCAGAGGCUGGACGUCCGUCUGUUGGGGAUUCUUGAACUGGGAGUCCUGCAAUGCAAGGGGGUUGGACUAGAUGACCCUCAGGGUCCCUCCCAACCCCCUUGCCGUUCUAUGAUCCACUGACCUCAUAAGGUGGUGGACUCUCCUUCCUGGGAGGUGUUUAAGCAGAGGUUGGGUGGCCGGCUGUCAGGGAUUCCCUGGCUGCCAUUCCUGCUUUGUGGUGGGUGGGUCUAGAGGACCUUCGGGUGCCCCUUCCAAUUCUGCCAUUCUAUGAUCUUUCAUAUGAAGCUACAAUGUCCCUCAGCUCCCAGGAUGCCCAGAGCUAGAGGGAACAUUUGCACAAGGGGGCACCUGUCCAAAGUCCGUUUGGGGGGCCCGGCAGUUGAUUUAAUCUGGCCCCAUAGUAGUAUAUGUCCGGGGUAAAAUCCUAAAUAAACAACCUUGGGGUCAAAUCCUUUAAAAAGCCCAACAACUUAGAGGUAAAAUUCUGAAAAAAGCUCAACAACUUCAGCAGCUUUGGUCGGCCCUCAUGCAUGUUCACAUCAUCACAUCUGGCCCUCUUUGACCCAGAUCUGGCCCUCUGGCCCAACCUUUGCCAACCUGGUGCCCUCAAGAUCUUUUGGACGAGGGCUCACACUGGCUGGAGCUGAUGGGAGCUGUAGCACCUGAGUGGCACCUGAGCAAAGGGGUGUCAGGAGGUAGGAACAGAAGACCUGGGGCCCAUCAGGAAAUGCCAGGGCCACCCCUAAGAGUGCCUCUGCUCCAAGGCCCUUCUGUGGCACAAACUGCCCAAAAUUCCUGCAUUGCAGGGGGUUGGACUAGAUGUCCCUUGAGGGUCCCUCCCUUCAACCCUGCAGUUCUCAGAUUCUGAGUUUAGCAGACAGUCAGGAGCGGAAGUCUGUGACCAGCCCUGGCACUCUGUGAAAGCUGUGAAUCAUCGUGGGCAGACGGGCGGGGAGGGCAGGCGUGAAGCAUGAGUCUGCAGUUCACCCCUUGCCGAACCCUCCUCCGUGUCGGGUGGAGCCUCGGAAGAGGGCAGAGCCUCUUUUUGCAAGGCUCCCUGUCGCUUGUGGGCUGCGCCUGGACAGAAGCAAAAGGGAGCUCUGUCUUCGGGGCAUCUUGCCUUCUGACCACUGGCCAGUGGAAGUUUACAGCCAUCCCUCAAAACAACCUGGCUAUUUAAGGGCAGCCAGUGCAGGGGGUGGGUCACCCCCAAGGGCUUGUUUCAACCACAGCACAAUCAUGGCACGCGGAAUGUUGCAGCGCGGUUGCUGACAGGGGAGUGCUAUAGAUGGGUGGAUUAUUAUUAUUAUUAUUAUUAUUAUUAUUAUUAGCCCCCAUCAGCAUAUAACUCCUGUGCUCAGAAAUCUGCACCAGUUGCUGAUUUUGCUCCCAAGUCAAGUUCAAGAAGUUACUGUUCACAUAUAAAUUGUGGGAACUAGGAUUUCAGCUCUGAAAAACAUCACAUUUCCUGUGAUAAUUUCUGAAAGUUAAUAAAGGUUAGUUUAUUUAGCAAUUGUAUUUAAUUUCAGAGCUUAUGUGAAAGCUAGAGACCGGGCAGUUUAACCCUUUUGUUUGUUCCCUUUCCCCUCACAAAAAAUACGAAAGACACUCUUUUAAAGAUUAAAUAAUAACUUUUCCUCACGGUGUCCUUGCACUUGUUAGAUUAAAUGCAUAUGGACAAGGCAGGCAGGUCUUACUUAGGUUAGUAAUGCACUGCAGAGAUUUAUCACUGAGGCUAAAACUCCAACAGACUCUCACUAAUUCAGAGGCAGGCAGCAGCAAAACAGAACAAACCGACUGAUCAGCUGCUCUAGCAACACAAAAAAGGCUAUAAUUAACUGCCAUAACUGUGCCAACUUAUGCAACCGCCUUGGGCACAAGGUAUAGGAUUGUCACAAGGUUCUUUCUUAAAACGCUGCAGUCCUUGUGAGUCAACCUUUGACUUUGGAAGCUCCUAUCCCGUACAAUCCUAUCCCUUCGCAAUUUGGGACCAGUUUACCCUUCCCCAUAUGCACCUAUCUGACCUCUUCAAACUGUUGCAGCUGCACAUAAUAAUAAUAAUAAUAAUAAUAAUAAUAAUAAUAAUGUAUUAUUUAUACCCCGCCCAUCUGGCUGAGUUUCCCCAGCCACUCUGGGCGGCUUCCAACAGAAUAUUAAAAUACAAAACCUUAACAUUAAAAGCUUCCCUAAACAAGGCUGCCUUGAGAUGUCUUCUAAAAGUCUGGUCGUUUUUCUUCUCUUUGAAAUCUGGUGGGAGGGCGUUCCACAGGGCGGGUGCCACCACCAUGAAGGCCCUCUGCCUUGUUUCCUGUAACUUGGCUUCUCGCAGCAAGGGAACCGCCAGAAGGCCCUCGGCGCUGGACCUCAGUGUCCGGGCAGAAUGAUGGGGGUGGAGACGCUCCUUCAGGUAUACAGGACCGAGGCCGUUUAGGGCUUUAAAGGUCAGCACCAACACUUUGAAUUGUGCUCAGAAACGUACUGGGAGACAAUGCAGAUCUCUCAGGACCGGUUUUAUGUGGUCUCGGCGGCCACUCCCAGUCACCAGUCUAGCUGCCGCAUUCUGGAUUAAUUGCAGUUUCCGGGUCACCUUCAAAGGUAGCCCCACAUAGAGUGCAUUGCAGUACUCCAAACGGGAGAUAACCAGAGCAUGCACCACUCUGGCGAGGCAGUCCGCCGGCAGGUAGGGUCUUUUUUUUUUUUUUAAUAAUUUUUAUUAAAAUUUUAAACAAACAAAAAAAGAAAAACAACACACACAAAAAACAAUACAAAACUUAACAAUAAAAACACAAAACAUAGCAAUUAAAAACAAACUCUCUUUUCCAUUUCCAAUUUUAAAUUACUUAUUUUCUGGACUUCCUCAUACCUCCCUCUUUUGUAUUCCAAUCUACCUUGUUUGUCCAGCAGUUUCUUUUCCACUUCUUUAAUCCCAAUCUUUAAUUUAAUAAAACGUUAAGAUAUAUAACUUCAACUUUUUUAAACCUAAUCCUUGAUCUUAAUGUCAUACAACUUUAAUUUUUUCCCUUUUAUUAUCAAAUUUCCAUUUCUUUAAACAUCUUUAAUCUUGAUCUUUAAUCUUAAUCUAUCCUUAACUUUAACCUGUACAGCUGGAAACCACUUGUUUUCUGUCCAACAUCACUCUAACAUUCCUUAAUUUUGCAGUGUUUCUGAAGAUAGUCUUUGAAUUUCUUCCAGUCUUCCUCCAUCGACUCUUCUCCCUGGUCACGGAUUCUACCAGUCAUUUCCGCCAAUUCCAUAUAGUCCAUAAAUUUCAUCUGCCAUUCCUCCAGCGUGGGAAGUUCUUGUGUCUUCCAAUACUUUGCGAUAAGUAUUCUUGCUGCUGUUGUUGCAUACAUAAAGAAAGUUCUAUCCUUUUUAAACACCAUUUGGCCUACUAUGCCCAGGAGGAAGGCUUCUGGUUUCUUAGGGAAGGUAUACUUAAAUACCUUUUUUAAUUCAUUAUAUAUCAUUUCCCAGAAAGCCUUAAUCUUUGGGCACGUCCACCAAAGGUGAAAAAAUGUACCUUCAGUUUCUUUACAUUUCUGCCGGCAGGUAGGAUCUUAGCCUGUGUACCAGGUGGAGCUGGUAAACAGCUGCCCUGGACACAGAAUUAAUUUGCGCUCCAUGGACAGCUGUGAGUCCAGAAUGACUCCCAGGCUGCGCACCUGUUCCCUCAGGGGCACAGUGACCCCAUUCAGGACCAGGGAGUCCCGUUCCACAUUUGCAAGGAACUGAUAUUUUAGUGAGGCAGCCCCUCUUGACAUCUGUCAGGUACCUUCACUGUCCGCUUUCCAGCAUCUGCUGAAAACAUGCUUGCUUAGAUAAGCCUAUCCAGAUGUUUAGGAAGUUAGUGCAAGUUUUAAUCUGCUCUUAGUCAAUUGUUCUUUUAACUUUUUGCAUGCCUCGAAUUACUGUCCAUUUUUCUUAGCCAUCUUUUAACUUUUCGCAAACUAAUGUGAGGCGUGUGGUUUUUUUUUGCAAUCCCAGCGGCUUAUACCUUUUAUAAAUCGCGUGGGAUAAUAAAUGCCUCGCUGCCUUGAAAACGUGGACGCUGCCGGUUAUGGGACACAGGGCUCCCACGUUGCAUAAAAGGCGUCUGUCUGGAGGUUUUCAUCCUUGUCUGAAUUUCACCUUGUUAACUUGUGCUGGGGAGGAAGAGAUGGCGAGGGAAUCGCCUUACAUGGCAAGAUGCUCCCUUGCUCGUUCUCAGAUUUAUGGGCUUGUGGGAUUGCCGGAGCAAAACCGCCGGCGGGGUGAGGCCACCCGAAAUGUGUGCAUUGGUUCAGGAGUCUAUUUAUUGACACGGAAUGAUGAGGGACGGGGCUGGUGCACAAAGCCCAGCUUUGAUAAAUCUGCUCCGCCAAGGACGCCUCUCCUUUGCUGGCCUCGUCCAGUCCUGCAUCAGCCCAUGAUCCUGUUGUCUCUUAGCAGUGGAACAGCUUGCAACCUCGGUGGCUGGGGGCAUGAUCCUGUGACCCGCAGGAGACGCAGCUCAGGUAGCCUCAUCAGUCAUCAGGAAAACCUCCUCCUUCCCAAACAGCCACACCCUGGAAAAAAGGCUGGAAAUAAACGCUCUCCCAUAAAGACUCUUCAAAGGAACAAACCUCGCAGCCCAUCUUGAGACAUGGUCUGUCUGUCAAGGUUUUUGCCUUUUGCGGGCACAUGCACUGAACCCUGUCUGUGGUGCCUACCUCAUUAUCCCAAAUGAUGAGACAAGAGACCAGAGUAUGGGUUCAAAUUGGCCACAACUUUAUUGAGCUUCAGAAGUGGGGAACUUGGCACAGGCCUUGGCAGGUAACCCUCUCAGCCCGCCUGGCUGAGGAUAUGCAGGCAGAUGAGAUCCAGUGAGAGGGGACUGCAAAGCGCAAACUUACACAGCAUGCCCUUCCACCGACCUCGUCCCGGGAGUUUGACCUACAUGCCGCCACUCUAGGGCCAGGGACUCCCGGUUUUGGCCCUUUAAGGGGCCCUGCAAGCGCCGCCACAUGGGGAGGGAGCAUGAAUGCAUCCCCCCCAACUUGAUGUUAGACUAAAGGCUACCUUGCCAAGGCCUAAAAACCGCUGCCAAGUCCCACAACCAAGGACCAAUCAAACCCUGCAACCUAUACUGUCCCCAAGGUCUUGUUGCAAGUCGUGGAGCCAGAAGUCAUUACCCCGUGGGGUCAGGUGCACCCCAUCCCCCCGGAAUAGGUCAACGCUAUCUGCUGUGAUGGUGGGAUGUGGGAUAGAGAACCCAUCCAAUUUGCCGCAUGGUGUUGCGCAUGGCUCUGUUAAUUUUACUCACUGCAUAAUUAAUGCGAGAGGGAUUGAUCCUGGAAGGAAGAACAGCAAAAGAGGCUUGAGCCAAAGGGUCAGCCUCUUUUCUUUUGGCCUUCGGCCCACCCCCUGCCGGCCAUCCAUUGUCCUCCCUGGCAGAGGGUGAGUCAAAGGCCAGCUCAAGCAGGUGGGUGGCACCCGCCCAGGUGAGCCCCGCUCGGUGCCGCAAACCCCGCCCACCUGUGGGGAAGGGAGGGCGGAUAUUACUCCACUGGCCCCUGAAUUUGGCUUUUUCCUCCCACCUGUGAAGCCAGCAGGGCUCUUUUCUCUGGGGCUUUUCGACCCCACAGGCUUCAACUGGUCCAACCCCUCUUUCCAGGGAAACGUGGGAACUAUAGUUCCGUGAGGUGGAUCUGAGUCUCCAAAUAACUCCCACCACCCUUGGCAAACUACCAUCUUACCGUCAGAAAGUAGUUUCCGGGGUUUAGUUGGAAUCUCCUUUCACAAAAUCAUAGAACUGUAGAAUGGUCGACUUGGACAGGGACCUCCAAGAGUCAUCUAGUCCAACCCCUUGGCAAACUACAGUUUCCAUGAUUCUUUGGGGGGGACCCUAUCUGUUAAAAGUGGCAUAAAACUGCUAUAAAUGUACCAUGUGGGAGAGGUUCUGCUUCCUUUGGGUCUGAUGGCUGAUGGCUUUUAAACUGGGAGUGGCUAAGGUCGUCCGUUUCACAGCUGAGCAGCUCUUUCCAUCAGAAAGUUGUUUCCGGUGUUUAAUUGGAAUCUCUUUCACAAAAUCAUAGAACUGUAGGAUGGUCGAUUUGAAAGGGACCCCCAGGAGUCAUCUAGAAUCAAUUUGAUUCCCUCCCCCUCUUCUUUUUUCCUUUCUCCUUCUGUGAUGGAACUCCUGUUUGGGGACUUCCCUGGCUUUUUUCUGGCCCGUGUAGGACCAGUCUGGAAAGUUAGCCUUGGUGAAGACUUGACGUUUUCAUCCCCCCAAAAGUUUUUGAUUUGAGUUUCAAUUGAAAAGAGGCUUCAUUUUAAUAUUUUAAUGUUUUAAUGUAUUUUAAUCUUGUUUUUAAGUUGUAUUUCAAUCAAUUUGUUUUUAUAUCGGGUGUUAGCCGCCCUGAGCCCGGUCUUGGCUGGGGAGGGCGGGGUAUAAAUAAAAUGUAUUAUUAUUAGUUAUUAUUAUUAGUCCAGCCCCCUGCAAUGCAGGAAUCUCAGCUCAAGCAUCCCUGACAGAUGGCCAUCCAACCUCUGCUUAAAAUCGCCCAAGGAAGGAGCGUCCGUUCCACUGCAAAGCGGCUUUUGCUGUCUGGCUGCUGCGUUCUGCACCGUAUCCCUAGUUCAUGCGCAGAGAGCUCUGACCACCAGCCUGUUUUGCUUCCUCCUCCUGCAGGGCCCUGCCCCAUCGAGACAUCGGGGACCAGAUCUCUCUUUCCCCUUUCCUGCUCCCUGGAAGAGGCUGUCUGGAGCUCAGCCGUGGAAUGCCAGGAGGGGACCUCUCUUACUCUCUCCAUCUCCUCCCCUCCUGACGCCCGCAUCGGCCGCUACCGCCUGACCAUGGACGCUGCCACUGACCAUCAGGGCUCCAGCUUCAGCCUGGGCGAAUUUGUCCUGCUCUUCAACCCUUGGUGCCCCGGUAAGUGAUUGCAAGCCUUGGCAGGAGCCUGUAUCAUCACGGGAGCAUCUGGAUCAGUGCUCACCAACCUUCCGCCCUCCAGAUGUUUUAGACUACAGCUCCCAUUGACCUUGGCCAGCACCGUCGCGCUGAUGCUGCCGCCCCAAACAUCUGGAGAAGCACACGAGGUUGGCAAAGACCAGGUUGCAGUGACCAGCAAUGGACUUUUGCAGUCCUGCCUGGAAUUGCUGGGGAUUGAAGCUCCAACCUUCUAGCCAUGGACGGAGUGGUAUUAGAGCGUGUGCUCUGUGUGCAGAAGGUUCCCAGUUCCAGUCUGUAGGAACUCGAGUUUAAAGGGAUCUCAGGCCGAAGGGCUGCAGAUGCCUCGGACAGUUAGAAGGCGGCAGACCCGUUUGGAAGGAUGCUGGCUUGGAGAGAGUUAGACCAUUGGUCUAUCGACUUCAGUACUGUCUACACGGGCAGGCAGCAUCUCCUGCUCCCCCACUGCCUCCUCCCCUAGACAAGGCUUUAUGUUUCUAGUGCAGGGAGACCACAUUCCCCAGCAAACUGCGCUGAAAGCGUUACAGUUCCUCCCCUUAUUAUCGCAGUCUUGCAUGGCCUGACCUGGGCGGCAACACUGCUGGCGACGCUUUGCAUUUCUGUCGCGUCUUUUCAGUAUCCCAUAUGAUGCUGCCAAUGAGUGUUAUCUUACUACCUUUGUCUGUGUCAGUGUUCAAAGGUUGUAAUGUACCCACGGGGUUUGGAUGCUAAAGUGGAACAGACACACAGAGCAGAGCAAAAUGGAGGAUUAUUUUAGAUUCCAACUAUGUUUGUUCUGGGUAUAAGCUUUCGUGUGCAAAUCUGAAGGUAUCCGAAGUGUGCAUGCACACGAAAACCUAUACCCAGAACAAAUGUAGUUGGUCUCUAAGGUGCUACUGGACAAUUUUUUUAUUUAUUUUGACUGUGUUAGACCAACUGGGCUGCCUACCUGAAUUUAGAUUCCGUUUACUUGAAGGAGCAGCUGGAGCAAUCUGCAAUGUUUGCUCCAAGAUUCUUUGCCGUGUUGCUGGGGCUCUGCUCCCGGGUCAUCCCACUGUCCUUGAUGACAUCAGAAGGGAUCUGCUUUCUCAGUUUCUAGGCUUUCCCAGAGAUAGUGCAAUGCAGUGGUUAGAGUGUUCGCCUAGGACCAAAUCUCUCCCCCCAGCCAUGAAGCUCACUGUGUGACCUUGGGCCAGUGCUUGCUUCUCACUCUAACCUACCUCACAGGGUUGUUGUGGGGCUUAAAUGAAGGCUAGAAUCACGUAUGUGGGUGGCGCUGUGGUCUAAACCACUGAGCCUCUUGGGCUUGCCGGAAAGAGGCUCGGCAGUUCGAAUCCCCGCCACGGGGUGAGCUCUCAUUGCUCGGUCCCUGCUCCUACCAACCUAGCAGUUCCAAAGCACACCAGUGCAAGUAGAUAAAUAGGUACUUCUGUGGCAGGAAGGUAAACAGUGUUUCCAUGUGCUCUCAUGGUGUCCCAUUGCGCCAGAUGCGGUUUAGUCCUGCUGGCCACAUGACCUGGAAAACUUUAUGUGGACAAAUGCUGGCUCCCUUGGCCUGAAAGCGAGAUGCAACCCCGUAGUCGCCUUUGACUGGACUUUCCCCCCCAGGGGUCCUUUACCUUUACCUUUUACCUGGGAGGAAAAAUUGGGCUAUAAACAUUCUAGGUAAAGAUAAAGGGACCCCUGACAGUUAAGUCCAGUCAUGGACGACUCUGGGGUUGCGGCGCUCAUCUCGCUUUAUUGGCCGAGGGAGCCGGCGUACAGCUUCCGGGUCAAGUGGCCAGCAGGACUAAGCCGCUUCUGGAGAACCAGAGCAGCGCACGGAAACGCCGUUUGCCUUCCCGCCGGAGCGGUACCUAUUUACUUGCACUUGGACGUGCUUUCAAACUGCUAGGUUGGCAGGAGCAGGGACCGAGCAACGGGAGCUCACCCCGUCACGGGGAUUCGAACCGCCAACCUGCUGAUCGGCAAGCCCUAGGCUCUGUGGUUUAGACCACAUUCUAGUCCUCAUUAAUCCCCACAACAGCCCUGUGAGGUAGGUUUAAGCUGCGAGGCAGUGACUGGCCUCCAAGGACACACAAUGAACGUUCAUGGCCGAGUGGGGAUUCGAACCCAGGUCACCCCGGUCCUAGACUAACGCUCUAACCACUACACCACACGGCCUCUCCCCCAUCCCUCUCCUCCGAGGCCUUUUCCGCCUUCCUCUUCUGACGGCAUCUUUUCCCCGCAGCGGACUCUGUCUUCCUGGAGAGCGAAGAGCAGCGUGUGGAAUACGUGUUGACCCAGCAUGGCCAGAUCUACCAGGGAUCCAAGGAUUACAUCUACUCGAUCCCAUGGAACUUUGGCCAGGUGAGUUGCUUCCUUGCCCUCUGCUGCCCUUUUGCGAAGCACGUGGGGAGCAGGAAGAGGGGCACUUGGUUGAAAACAGGCACUCCAGGAGUGUAAAUGGCACCACACCAUCAGAUACCUGAGCAGAGAACUUGCCUGUCUAUCGUCCUCUUAGAGAAUGUUCCACAAAAUAGAAGAGAGGCAAUAUGAGGAGCUUCUGGCAUAUUCCCCCUGGGAUGGAGAGAGAGAGCGCGCGCGCAAAAGGCUGAAAUUCCUCAGCAAGCUUUGGAAAACAAGGACACAGAGGAGACUGAAGUGGAUCAAAACAUUUUCACAACACUCUGCAGCUCUUCAGGCAAUGCUUUUCAAAACAGCUCUGUCUUCUCCCCAAAGGGCUCCGUCCUCUGAUGCCCUAUGCCAGAAGUGCUUCCAUCAUUCAUCCAUCUGUCUUUGCACCCACUCAUAGAUUACUUCGGCUCCUGUCAUGCUGUCCACUUGCACAGAAAUAAUCCAAUUCCCCCCAGAACCCGAAGUUUCCAAAGGCUUUGGGUGGAUGACAGUAGAUUUAAAAGCAUAUGGGGUGAGUUUUUAAAAAUGUAACCCUUACAAAGGUUUAGAGAGGAGAGCGUGGAAAGGGACCUGCCAGAAUGAUUUUGUUUCCUUUCGGAGAGACAGGACAGAUGAGAGAAUGUGCUUCUUCGCAAAGCACCCGGUCAAACCGCCACAAGUUCCAGUGAUGGCUGCCAACUCUGAAGGGUUUAAGUGGGGGUUAGAUAAAUUCAUGGUGGAUGUAGCUGUCUUUGGCUAUAAAUAUACCAAGAAAAAAAGCACACCAAGAACUCUGGCCAAUAUAAGUUUCAAAAGUGGGAGUGGUCCCUACUUGCAAAUCAAUAGUAAAUUGUAGCGAUGAUUCCAGCUGAUGAAGAUGAAUACGUCGAAACAGGGCCCUGUCCCAGUUUCUGAUUCAUAACUGACUUCUGACUUCUGCUCAAUGAUUGAAACUAAGAUCUUCACGUCAAAUCUUACUGUGGACUAACAUGAACUUAUCUCUACUCAUAAACUCUUAUCUUUAAUACUGUAACAAAUUAUUGUGUUAUACAUAUCCUUAUGAGUUUGAGUUUGUAAUCUCUGUUUGAGUUUGUAAUCCUUUACAGAAUACAUACUUUUGAAUGGAUUAGUUUUUGUUACAAUUGACUAUUGAUUUGCGAGUAGGGACCACUCCCACUAUUGAAACUUAUAUUGGCCUGAGUUCUUGGUGUGCUUUUUUCUUGGUAUAUUUAAUAACAAGAAUGCCAACUUAUUUGGCUAUAAAUCACAAUGUUCUACCUCCGGCGUCAGAGGCAGUGUGGGGAUUGCAGACGGACAGAAUUCUUGCACCCCGGUCUUGAUAGCGGGCAUCCUGUGGGCAUUUUGUUGUCUGCUGGGAGAACAGAGUGUUUGACCAAAUGGCCUGAUCCAGCAGCAAAGCUCUUCUUAUGUGCAGGCAGUUUAAACAGAACACUCCGAGUUAUAUGCUGUUAUUUGAUCAUUUUGAUGCCUAUGGGAAAACCGCAGGCCGGAUCCAGGCACGAGAUUCCUCUCCUCUCCUGCAGCUUCCAGCAACUGGUAUUCAGAAGCAUUGCUUCCUUUGACCGUGGAAGCAGAGCAGAGCCAUCCUGGCUAGGAGCCAUCAGUUGUCUCCUCCUCCUCCAUGAAUUUGUCUAAGUCUUCUUUUAAAGCCAUCUAGGUUGGUGGUCAUGACUGCCUCCUGCAGCAGUGAGUUCCAUAGUUUAACACUAGGCUGCAUGAAGAAGGACUUCAUUUUAUCUGAUGCCAAUGGUCUUUUAAAUAUCACGGUCCUGUAUACCUGAAGCAGUAUCUCCACCCCCAUAAUUUAGCCCAGACAGUGAGGGCCUUCUGGCGGUUCCCUCACUGCGAGAAGCCAAGUUACAGGGAACCGGGCAGAGGGCCUUCUCGGUGGUGGUGCCCGCCCUGUGGAACACCCUCCCACCAGACGUCAAAGAGAAAAACAAUGAACAGACUUUUAGAAGACAUCUAAAGGCAUCCCUGUUUAGGGAGCUUUUAAUGUUUAAUAGGUUAUUGUAUUUUAGUGUUUUGUUGGAAGCUGCCCAGAGUGGCUGGGGAAACCCAGCCAGGUGGGCGGGGUAUAAAUAAUAAUAAUAAUAAUUAAUGUUUUGUUUAUUACGGUAUUUUAAUAUUUUGUUGGAAGCCGCCCAGAGUGGCUGGGGAAGCCCAGCCAGAUGGGCGGGGUAUAAAUAAUAAAUUAUAAUAUUAUUAUUAUUAUCACAGAAAUUCAUCUCAAAUGGGUGAAACCCAACAAGCUGAAACAUACAUACUGAGGACCUUUCUGGGCCAAUGAAACAAUCCCACACAUUUCUGGAUGUGAAAUUGCUGACUCCAGAACUUGCAGGAACCAAGAGAUAGAGAUAGAGAGAGAGAGAGAGAGAGAGAGAGAGAGAGAAGGGGAGAGAGGCUAUAGAUCAUUGAACCCAGUCAGGGUCAGGGGAAAUUCUGCAUAGCUUGCAUAGCAUUGCACACUGGAGUCCAGGUUUUGUAUCCGUUAGCAGGAGCAACAUGACCCACAUGAAAUUCUGUGCAUGCAGAGUCAUAAAAGAUGGGCAUCCCUUGGGUAUGUGCAAAUCUGGAGAUGGUGUCCCCAAAUGUUUGGUUUGGACUGUGGGAGGCAGGGCUGUCCAGCAACAGAGCUGCGUUGCUAAGGGGAAGCUGGUGGCCAUCUAGAUCAGGGGUCAGCAAACUUUUUCAGCUGAGGGCCGGUUCACUGUCCCUCAGACCUUGUGGGGGUCCGGACUAUAUUUUGAAAAAGAAAAAAAGAAUGAAUGAAUUCCUAUGCCCCACAAAUAACCCAGAGAUGCAUUUUAAAUAAAAGCACACCUUCUACUCAUGUAAAAACACCAGGCAGGCCCCACAAAUAACCCAGAGGUGCCUUUUAAAUAAAAGCGCACAUUUUACUCAUGUAAAAAUACACUGAUUCCUGGACCGUCUGCGGGCCGGAUUUAGAAGGCUAUUGGGCCAGAUCCGGCCCCCAGGCCUUAGUUUGCCUACCUAUGAUCUAGAUCAGUGGUUCUCAACCUGCGGGUCGCCAGAUGUUGUUGGACCGCAACUCCCAUCAUCCCUACCUAGCAAGGCCAGAGCUCAGGGGUGAUGGGAGUUGUAGUCCAACAACAUCUGGGGACCCACAGGUUGAGAACCGCUGAUCUAGAUAGUCUGGCUCUACCAUUAAGCAGUUGCCUCAGGCGGCAGUUGCUGCAGAGUGGGCAGGAACAGGGAGGUAUUUGAGCAUAUUUCACAGGGCCAGCUCUAACCUAGCCAGUGUCUCUUGGACGUAGCAAAGGAUGCUGCCCACUUGACAGCGUUGAAAUAAGAUGCAUCUGACCAUCUGGUGGGCUUUGACCAUGGGAUAGGGAGAGAGGGAAUAUCUUGUCCUUUGCCUCAGGCAGCAAAAUGUCUUGGGCAAGUCCUAUUCUCCAGCCCUGAGGUAAUAAUGCAGGAUACCAUCCAUCUCCAGAUUCAAGCACAUGAUAAGGCGAGAACAGAAGGUCCUCAGCCAGAAACAGCCAUGUUGCAGGCACUUUUCGAGCCAAUCUAAUGCCUUCCAGAUGUUUUAUGCUACAACUCCCAUCAGUGCUGGCUAGAGAGCACCACGUUGGCAAAGGCUAUUUUAGAGGAUAGGAUGGCAAGUUAAACCAAGAUCUCAGAGUCCUGAUGAUCCUCACAGGGACAUGUCACCUUGGGCAAAGCUGUACCCCACAGCCUCAGUUCCUCCGUUUGUGAAAUGGAGCCAAAGAUAACACACUUUGCACUAGCUUUUUGGGUUCCAGGUUGUUGUAUUUGCUUCGGACGUGCGCCAGAAGCCGACAGGAACAAGUGCAAACAUCUGACUGUACAAAACGUUCAUCAUCACAUCACCCAGUCCAGCAUUCCUGGAGCUCUCCAGUACAAACAGGAAGCAAAUGCAGAUAUUUAAAGAGAAUAAAAACAGAUCAAAUCCAUAUACAGCAAGCCUGCACAUGAGGAGAAAUCGGAUAGUCUGAAACUGAUCCGGAUGACAGCCAAGGACAUGAAAGGGAGGAAAACACCACAGCGUUGGGGCGAGAUCUGCCUGGGGAAUCAGCAGUGUGCUGGGCAAUUCAAUGGCUGUCAGGCUUGAUCCAAAAGUCUCCUUUUGGGUAUGGUGGCCCCAUAGCCACACAAACAAUUUCACAGAGCAAGGCAAGGGCAGGUGCUGAACAUGGCUCCCUCUGCCCCAGAUGCCCAAUGGGAAACCCACAACCAGGAAUCGAGCACCAGAACAACUCCUGUGGCUUCCAGCACCUGGUAUUCAUGCGCAUUGCUGACUCCGAAGGCAGACCGUAACUCUCCGGGUCCUCUCCUGCAUGAAUUUGCCUAACUCUGGAGGGCAGCAGGUUGGGACUGUUCAUUGAGUCAAACUGUGCUUUGGCUCACAGCUGCCCCCUCCCCUCCUUUCGCCUUUCUAUGGGGCCAGAACAGGGGGGAAGCUGUUCCCUGGAGUUCUCCGUUCUUAUCUGAGGCUUCAGCGAGCAUCUAAUCUCUGCUGCACAAACAGGCCAGAGGCAUCCUGGCUGGCUGUCAGCCUGCCCAACUCCUCUUCCUGGACGGCGAGAUAAAAACCGCUUCUGACGCCUCCAGACGAGGCAGCCAGUUGUUGCUCUCCGAUGCCUGAGAAAGUCCUUCAAAGUGGCAUCCACUGCCACUCUCGGUGCCAGACUCUCUUGCCCUCCUUGGGCUCUGCAGCCGUGAAUAAAAUGUGCAUCAAGCUCUGCCAAAGACCUGGUCGUUGCGGCUUUGAGAAAUGGGACCCCACUGAAGGAUUUUCUCCAGGAGGCUCCUAGCCGGGAGGGCUCUACUCUGCCUCCACAGUCAGAAGCAGAGGUGCUUCUGAAUCCCAGUUGCUGGAAACUGCAGGAGUGGAGAGGGGUCCUGUGUUCGAAUCCUGAUUGUGUAUUUCCCAAUAGAGGCAUCUGAUCUGGUUGGCCACAGUGAGAACAGAAUGCUGGAUGGAAAGAGCUGUUGAAUACCUUCCAACAUUUCUCCAAUGAAAAUUGUUGUUGUUUAGACGUUUAGUCGUGUCCGCCUCUUCGUGAUCCCCUGGACCAGAGCACGCCAGGCCCUCCUGUCUUCCACUGCCUCCCGCAGUUUAGUCAAACUCAUGCUGGUAGCUUCGAGAACACAGUCCCACCAUCUCGUCCUCUGUCGUCCCCUUCUCCUUGCACCCUCCUUCUUUCCCAACAUCAGGGUCUUUUCCAGGGAGUCUUCUCUUCUCAUGAGGUGGCCAAAGUCUUGGAGCCUCAGCUUCAGGAUCUGUCCUUCCAGUGAGCACUCAGGGCUGAUUUCCUUCAGAAUGGAGAGGUUUGAUCUUCUUGCAGUCCAUGGGACUCUCAAGAGUCUCCUCCAGCACCAGAAUUCAAAAUGAAAAUAGGGGCAUCCUAUUUAACAACAACAACAACAGGUUGCCCCAGCCACUCUGGGCGGCUUUAAAUAUACAGUGGAACCUUGAUUCCCGAACGGUUUAGUUGCCGAACAAAUUUGCUCCCAAAUGCUGCAAACCCGGAAGUAAGUGUUCCAGUUUGCAAAUGUUUUUCAGAAGCCAAAACAUCCUCCUGCAGCCAAUCGGAAGCCAUGCCUUGGUUUUCGAUCUGUUUUGGGAAGCGAACGGACCCCUGGAACAGAUUAAGUUUGAGAACCAAGGUACCACUGUAUAUAUAAACAUAACAAAACAUUUAAAAACUUCCCUAUGCCUUCAGAUGUCUUCCAAAGGUUGUAUAGUUAUUUAUCUCCUUGGCUUGCAUAGCUCUAUACCCUCCAAUGGAACAGUCUCCCUCGGGAGGUUGUGAACUCUACUUCCCUAGAGCUUUCUAAGCAGAGGUUGGGUGGCCAUCAGGCAUGGAAUCACAACUAAAACAUCCUUUAGCUGGAUGCUUGACUUCUGUUGAUGGAGCCUAGAAUAGCAUUAGCUUUCUUUUUGUUCCCACGUCACAGCAAUGAUGGGCCUUGCCAGUCCCGCUUCCCCAUCUUAGCUUGCUAAUCGGAAGGUCGGCGGUUCAAAUCCCCGUGAUGGGGUGAGCUCCCAUUGCUUUGUCCCUGCUCCUGCCAACCUAGCAGUUCGAAAGCACACCAGUGCAAGUAGAUAAAUAGGCACCGCUGUGGUGGGAAGGUAAACGGCGUUUCCGUGCGCUCUGGUUUCCAUCACGGUGUUCCAUUGUGCCAGAAGUGGUUUAGUCAUGCUGGCCACAUGACCUGGAAAUCUGUCUGUGGACAAACCCCGGCUCCCUUGGCCUGAAAGUGAGAUGAGCGCCACAACCCCAGAGUCGCCUUUGACCAGACUUAACCAUCCAGGGGUCCUAUACCUUUACUGCUCACCCCAUCUGGCCAACCCUACUGAGCUCUCAGUAAGUGGAAAUCCUAAACUGAGAGGGAAAAACUCCCUUUCAGCUCUUAGUCAGACCAGGCCAGUCUUUUCAAUUUCUUCCUCGCAAGUGGGUUCAACCUCCAGCACAUUCCAGGCGGCUUGGAGCAAAAGCUUCUGGGCUGAGCACCUUCCUCAUGAAUCAGCUUCCUCAUCACCAUCCCUGAUGCCCUGCAGGUUCCAUCCUGCCCGAGGAAUCACGGAAAAAUUCCCCAGGUUUGCAGGUCAAUGUGGAAGUCCUGUGUGGUGCUGUAGAAAUGAGGGGAACAUACGAAGCAAGAUAGGUAUAGGUUGCUAAUGGUUUAGGGGGCUGGAUGGAGCCCCUGCUCUCAAGACUGGCUGCAGGCCAGCUGCAUUUUCUUGAGCAUUUUGGCAAAAUGCAGGAAAUAAGAAGUGUGUGUGUGUGCGUGCGCGCAUGGAUAGAGUGCCAAAUGGAAGGUUUGCCUCCGGUAAACACAUAGAAGAAGUCUAUCAGUGUUUCCUAGCCAUUAUAGCUGCUGCAGUGGUUAGACUAGGAUGUGGGAGAUGCGGGUUCAAAUCCCUACCAGCCAUGAAGCUGACUGUGCGUCAGUUAGCGCCUCGCAGCAUAGCCUACCUCACAAGGUUGCUGUUGCACACCAUGCACACCAAUUCGUGCUCCUUGCUGGAAAGGUGGCGUAUAAAUGUGAUAAAAAUGAAAAUAGCUAAUUGGCAGUGUAUCAGUUGCUGCAGAUCACAUAUGGAGAGAGUGGUCUUGAACCCAGGUUCUGCUUGUGGGGAUUCCAAUGAGCAUCUGGUUAGCCACUGUCAGAAGAGGGUGCUGUCUUCAAUGAGCCCCCGGCCUGAUCAAUUAAUGGUGGGGGGGUAAUUGACACAUGAUUGUUGGGUCAUCAUCCGGCAGACCCUUAGCCAGUCAUGGUGGGGAGCUGAUUCUGGCCCAUCAGGACAGAAUAAGGAUGGUAAGCGAGAAUUUAACCUGGAGUCAGGGCCUGGCGAUGGAAGUAGCUAGCUGUUCUUACGGGUUUGCCAGGUAGGAUGUUGUUGUUGUUGUUUAGUCGUUUAGUCGUGUCCGACUCUUUGUGACCCCCUGGACCAGAGCACGCCAGGCCCUUCUGUCUUCCACUGCCUCCCGCAGUCUGGUCAAACUCAUGUUAGUAGCUUUGAGAACACUGUCCCACCAUCUGGUCAUCUGUCGUCCCCUUCUCCUUGUGCCCUCCAUCUUUCCCAACAUCAGGGUCUUUUCCAGGGAUUCUUCUCUUCUCAUGAGGUGGCCAAAGUCUUGGAGCCUCAGCUUCAGGAUCUGUCCUUCCAGUGAGCACUCAGGGCUGAUUUCCUUCAGAAUGGAGAGGUUUGAUCUUCUUGCAGUCCAUGGGACUCUCAAGAGUCUCCUCCAGCACCAGAAUUCAAAAGCAUCCAUUCUUCGGCGAUCAGCCUUCUUUAUGGCCCAGCUCUCACUUCCAUACAUCCAGGUAGGAUAAAGCUGUCCAAUUCCCUCAGGUGGAGGGAAAGUAUCCCGCAAAGGGCUAGAGGUGCUUUUGCAGGAAAAGGAAAAGUGGAUGGUCCUUAGCUGCUACUCCUGUGUUAUUGCAGGGCGAUGACACUUUGGACCCCUUCCAACUCUACAAUUCUAUGAUUCGAGGAAGAAAUUGUUUUCAUAUAAACAGUUCUGUAGUGGAGGAUUGCAAGCACAGUUCGUGUUUAAACCUGAACUGGCAUUUCAGACAGAAAAUCAGUACUGUGGCUUUAAUGCUGAACCAGUCACGCUUUACCCCGCUCUAAGCGUUUAAUAAAAACACCGUUUUUGUUUCCAUUGUGCCUCGGCUCUGAUUUACACCUAGUGCAGGGAAUGAGUUGUCACAGGGGCCCCCCAGUAUCAAGAGUCCUUGCUGUGGGUUUAAAUGAUACGUUGCCACCUAUAGAGAAUCCCCGAAUUCUCGGUUGUUAGGGAAGCAACCAGGGUUAAAUUCCCUUGGACUCUGUCCUGUUGCCCUGGUCCCAUCUUCCUUGAGGGAGGGUGUCUUGGCAAAGAAAAAGGAGCUAGCUGUGUGUGUGUGUGUGUGUGUGUGUGUGAGAGAGAGAGAGAGAGAGAGAGAGAGAGAGAGAGAGAGAGACUAUGCCAUGAACUCAGUGGGACAAUUAGCCUGAUAAUCACAGGCGUUAAGAGAGCUUUUAAAACGCAGAUUACCAACCCAAUGGGCAUGUGGAGUUGCUGAGAUCUGUGCAGCAACACACAGCUUUGGAUUUUAAUCAAUCCGUAACCAUGCUCAGCUUCCCUCCUUAUUUCCCUCUGCCUUACCAGAAAGGAAAACUCUCCUCAAAGCAGAGAAAAUGUGUUGCACUCAGAUGUCUUCAGGUUUUUCUUGGACUCCACGGCUAAUAUAUGUCUUUGACGUGUGCACCCGCGUUUGGACAGGUUUGUUUGUCCCCCUCCACUUGGGGCCUGAAAAACACACCCCUUCCCUGAUUUUGAUGGCUGACUUGAUGGACCUUGAGCUGGAUUCAGGGAGGUGUUUGUCGUGUUCUUUUUUCCUUUUUAAAAAAAUAAUUUUUAUUUAAUUUUACAAGUGUAGAAUUAUGACAAUACAAAAUACAUAUCCAUAUUUAGAGAUUUCUCUGAAUCUCCAGACUUCCCACCCUCCACUCCGUGGCUCCUACGGUCAACCUUUUCAACUGCAUAUUCUUUCCUAAUCCAUAUUUUAUAUCUCUCCAAACGGUCCAUGGUAUUUUGUUUGUGGUGUUCUUCAUCCGCACGAUGCAGGAAGAUGUGCGGCAGGCAUCCUUUGGCUAAGAUGGGUCCUUUCCCCCCACAGUAAAUAGAUGUGGGACAGUGGUGGGGAUUUUGGUAGUGGCCAGGAAGGUUUAACCCCCUCCUCUCCAUAUGGCACAGCUGUAAUACCGAUUGUGGCUAUUUAGAGAGAGAGAGAGUUAGAGGUGCAGACUGCCAUGAUCCAGCGUCUUGACUAGUUUGCUUUAUUCCUGAUUUAUUGCAGCUCAGGGAAAUGAGAAAAACCUGGGUGCCAGAGAGCCAGUGUGGUGUAGUGGUUAAGAGCGGUAGAUUUGUAAUCUGGGGAACCUGGUUCACGUCUCCACUCCUCCACCUGCAGCUGCUGGGUGACCUUGGGCCAGUCACACUUCUUUGAAGUCUCUCAGCCCCACUCACCUCACAGAGUGUUUGUUGUGGGGGAGGAAGGGAAAGGAGAAUGUUAGCUGCUUUGAGACUCCUUGGGUAGUGAUAAAGCGGGAUAUCAAAUCCAAACUCUUCUUCUUCUUCUUCUUCUUCUUCUUCUUCUUCUUCUUCUUUUUCAUUUGGAACUGUCUGACAGCACUGGCUACCCAUUAGUUUUUGGGCCCAAUUUUGACCUUUAAAGCCUUAUGCAGCUCACGAUGGCCUCUCCUCCUAUUCACCAACCCAGACCCUGUGAUCAUCAUCUGAAGCCCUUCUUUGUUUGCCUAUUCAACAAGAGGCCCGGAGCGCGGCAAGAUGAGAACGGGGCCUUUUCAGUGGUGGCUCCCUGCUUGUGGAAUGCUCUCCCCAGGGAGGCUCGCCUGGUGCCAUCAUCAUAUAUCUUCAACCACCAGGGAAAUCAUUCCUCUUUAACCAGGCCUUUGGCUUUAAACUAUGCGCUUUUAGAGUUGGUGAGAUGUUUUAAUGUAACCGCCCUUGGUUUAAUGCAUGUAUGUGGGGUUUGUUGGUGCUCUUUCACUUUUUGUAAGUUGCCGUAAUGAUGAUGAUGAUGAUGUCUUCUUCUUAUGCCUUCCUUCUCCUUCUGGAUUAGUUUGAAGAUGAAAUUCUGGACAUCUGCCUCCAGCUGUUGGACACCAACCCCAAGUUCCUCCGAAACCAGGAUAAGGACUGCUCCCGACGCAACAGCCCUGUCUAUAUCAGCAGGGUAGUGAGUGCCAUGGUGAGUUUGGAGCAAGAGGGCAGGCCCUCCACGUGGGUGACCUCCUCAGCUUCUGCCCAGUCCUAAGGAGAUGCUCGCGUUGUCUUCUGCCAGCCCCACAGAGAGCCGAGUCCUCCUCACACACUCGGGGGCUUUCCUGCAAAGCUGAGAUGGCCCUAACUCCUGCCCACGGGCUGGUUGCAGAAUAAGAUAACACGGAAUUAUGUGUUAGGGGACAUUUGCGUUCUGAAACGUGUAUCAGAGAUGCUGCUGCCUUUGUCUUACUUCAGGUAAUUCGUUCUACAAGUUUGUCAGCAGGGCUUAGGAGUCCUUCGCCUCCCAGGUUUUGAACCUUAAAAUUGGGGUGCGAACAUCAUGCCCUUUUAAAUCUCAGAAUCCUAGCGUUGGAAGGGACCACGAGGCCCAUCUAGUCCAGCCCCCUGCAAUGCCAAAAUGCUAUUUAUUUCUUUAUGGCUUUUGCACGACUCCCCAUAAGACAAGCUUCUCUGGGCGGCAUACAAAGGAUAAGAAAAAUUAUGCAAUUAUGAAGGUGUAACAUCGAAAAGAAAUACAGUCGUACCUUGGAAGUUGAACAGAAUCUGUUCUGGAAGUCCGUUCGACUUCCAAAACGUUUGGAAACCAAAGUGUGGCUUCUGAUUGGCUGCAGGAAGCUCCUGCAGCCAAUCGGAAGCCGUGGAAUCCUGUUGGACAUUUGAGUUCCAAAAGAAUGUUCACAAACUGGAACAAUCACUUCCGGGUUUACAGCGUUCAGGAGCCAAAAUGCCUGAGUUCCAGGGCCUUCGGGAUCCAGGGUCGUCUUUUUUGGCAAUCACUCGUAGCUGAGUAAGAUUGUCUUCCAUAAACACGGUUUUAACAACGAGUCCGUAAGUGACUGUGGAGGCCAAUUCUGGAUCCACACGUCCUUCCACAGUGGGGACAUUGGUUUCUGGGUGGGAGUUGAUCAUGGUGUGGAUUAGCCAAGCGUGCUUUCCUCUUAGCACGUUUCUCCCUUGCGUCCUGAGUUCGAGCGUCUUCAAAGCCCACGACACCUUUGGUAAAGGCUGUUCUCCAACUGGAGCACUCACAGGCCAGUGUUUCCUAAUUGUUGGUGUUUAUACUACUUUUUUUAUAGAUUUGCCUUGAGAGAGUCUUUAAACCUCUUUUGUUGACCACCGGCAUUACGCUUUCCAUUUUGAAGUUCAGGAUAGAGUAGUUGCUUUGGAAGAUGAUCAUCAGGCAAUCGCACAACAUGGCCAGUGCAACGAAGUUGAUGUUGAAGAAUCAUUGCUUCAACAUUGGUGAUCUUUGCUUCUUCCAGUACACUGAUAUUAGUUUGCCUGUCUUCCAAAGUGAUGUGUAAAACUUAUCGGGAUCCAGGGUACAACUAUAAAGACAAUAAAAGCAGAGCUCACAGCACCAUCAAAUAAAUGCAGGUUUUAAAAAAUGGCUCUGUAAGUUGUUUUGAAGAUGAACAGGGGGAAAGACCACAAAAUGGUGUCAGGCAGGCCUCCCUGGGAAGGAUAUUCCAUAACUGGGGUGCCCACUGCAUUUCAUUCAGUAGAGGCACCCAGACUGGGACCUCCAAAGAGGGCCUCAGGCUUUGGGCAGAUAAAUAGGAUCCCUUGGCUCCAGGCUGUUUUGCACCUGGACUCAAGAAACCCCACCCAAUCUGUUCAAAUGGUUCCUUCAUCUCCUGAGCCACCUGUCUACAUCCUCCUCCUCUUGUUGCGUCUUGGGCUGCAGGUGAACUGCAACGAUGACCAAGGCAUCCUGUUUGGACGCUGGGACAACCAGUAUGACGAUGGCGUGAGCCCCAUGGCCUGGAACGGGAGUGUGGACAUCCUCCAGAGGUGGCAGAAAUAUGGGUGCCAGCCGGUCCGGUACGGGCAGUGCUGGGUCUUUGCCGCUGUGGCCUGCACAGGUGAGGGGUCCUCAGUGAGGAAGCAGAAAGGGGCUGCCUCCUUGGCUCACCCCCAUCACAAACAGCAUUUGGGGAAUACCAUGGCUCUGUUGGUUUCUGUGUGUUGCCUCUGUGCAGUGCCCUUGGAGUCACAGGACUCUGUUUACAUUCCUGAGAUUCCAGACUGUUGGAAGUCUCAUGGAAGACAGGAGAUGGAUGUGAUGUUUACUGGUUUCCUGUUCCUUUAUUUUCGGUUGCUCUCUGCUCUCACAGAGAGACGAUGUAUUUCUUUUCUGUCUGCGUAGCUUAGUAAUAAAACUCUUAGCAUGUAGCUCAUAUUUCUCGUCCUUCCCUGUGCUGGAUACUCUGCGUAAUGGGGAAACGUGCUUGGAGCCUUAUCAGAGGCUCAGGUCAUUAAUCACAUCGGAGGCGAUUUCAGAGGACUCGACUGGAGGAGUCGCUCGGUCAAACGCAAGUCCGACAGGCUCCUCCAUGUCAAAACACACAAGCUCUCUUUUUUAAGUGUGUUGGGGGUUCUGGUAUAUGCUACAGCUCCCUGUUCCACUGUUCUCUGUAGCAGGGGGCCGUUUCCUCACCCUAUCCAUGGGGGACCAUGCCCAAUGCCCCCUCCCAGGGCACACCAGAGGCAAACUAAUAAUAAUAGAAUGUGUUGGGGGGGGGGCUAUUGUUUUGUUGCUUUUUGUUGCUUUGGCUUUAGCUAUUUAUUUGUAUUUUUAUCUUGUGAAUGCCCUAAGAUUUUCUGACGAAGGGCUAUAUAUAAAUCUAAUAAAUAAUUAAAAUAAAAUAAUAAACUUGGGCUUGGGUAUCCUCCCUUUGGGAACGAGGCAGCUAGUUCUGCCUUUGUCUUCUUUGCUUGUUAAUAUUUCACUGUAGGACCGGAAUGAUUGCAGAUGCAAGUAUAUCUGUAUUGCCUUGCAUGCAGUUGUGUGGAUUUUUAAAGUCAGCUGUAGGAGCGAGUGUCUCCCUCAUUUGGGAGCUUGGUGGGUCUGUUGGGCGUGUUCCACGGAUGGUUCACCUCUUCCUCUUCUGCCCCCCUCUCUUCCCAGUGCUGAGGUCCCUGGGGAUCCCCACGCGCGUGGUCACGAACUACAACUCUGCCCACGACACCAACGGCAACUUGGUCAUAGAGCAGUAUUUGGAUGAGAACGGGAAGCUGCAGCAGGGCAACCGGGAGCUCAUCUGGUGAGUGGAGGUCCGGUGGGUGUUUGGGACUCCCCAAAAAUGCAUGCAGCAUCUUGGACCUGUCAGUCUGAUAGCUUUGCCUAACUAUGAGGUGCUGGGCUCUGUCCAUGAAGGAACUUUAGGGUUCCUGGUGCAGCUAGCAGGGAAGCAGCAACUGAAUCAACAACAACAGCUUCCUUGGAGGUUUUUAAGCGGAGGUUGGACAGCCAUCUGUCAGGGAUGCUUUCAGCUGAGAUUCCUGCAUUGCAGGGGUUGGACUAGAUGAUCCCUGGCAAUCCCUUCCAACCCUACCGUACUGUUAUUCUGAUUAAGAAUAACUUUUUGAUGGUGGAAUAGACUCAUUUGGAAGGUGGUGCGCUCUCCUUUCUUUGAGGUUUUUCAACAGAGGCUGGAGGGCUGUCCAUCUGGCAUUCUUUAGUUGUGAUUCCUGUAUUGCAUGAACUUUGGGGUCCCUUCCCAUUCUAUAAUUCCAUGAUUCUCAUUAUAGCAGUUAAUUUUGCCAAAAUCAAAUAUUCAUUUAGUUUACAAAUCCAUUCCUCCUUUGUGGGUAUAGUUUGUGACUUCCACCUAGCAGCAAUCACUAUUCUAGCAGCUGUACUUGCAUUAAGGAAAAUUCUCUCCCCCCCCCCCCCCCGUGGUAUCUCUUCAUCUAUCAAUCCAAGGAGAUAUGUCUCUGGUUUCUUUGUUAUUGAUAUUUUCAACAUCUUCUUUAGUUCUUCAUGUACUAAUACCCAAAAUUUCUUAAUUUCCUCACACUUUCACCACAUAUGUAUUAUUGUUCCUAUUUCUCCACCACAUCUCCACCACAGGUUGGAUUUCAAUUUAUAUAUCUUUGCCAACUUAACUGGCAAAAUUAACUGCUAUAAUAAGAAAUCAGUCAAAUCAAAAAUUUAAAAAGGAGUGGAAAUGUUUUGAUGAAUAUAUGGCAAAAUAUUGCUCAAAAAAAGAUACGCUAACAUGCCUAGAUUAAAAUGUGAAGUACUGGAUGGAAGAAAAAUUAGUAAGGAAAGAUAAUAAGAAUAUAUAGAUGAUUUGAGAAGAUUGUAGAAUGCAAAGAUUAUUGUAAAUUGUAUAAUGUGGAGGAAAUCGAGUGGGGGCGGAGGGAAGUGGAAGGAAGGAGAAAAGGAUAAUAUGAUGGAUUGAGGAAAUAGAAAUGUAAUGGGGAGGAAAUGGUGUUGGCUUUGGUACAUCUGUAUUGUAAUGCAAUAUGUGAAAACCAAGAAAAAAUAAUAAUAAUAUAUUAAAUUAAACAUAAUUCUACGAUUCUCCUGUUGUCGCCUCAAGUCAAAGCUGUUGUGCUGCUGGAAGCAGGCAGACAUCAGCAAAGUUUGCAUUUCAGGCAUUGAUAGGAUUUCUCUGCUUACGAGGUGCCUGAUACUUGAGCAUCCCAUAACGGUUUUCAAGCAUCUUGCAGAGCGAGGGUGCCUGGCACUCCUCAGGAACGCCUAGGAGAGAAAUUCCGUGGGGGGAGCUGAGAAUUUUCCAGUUGGGCCUGUGCCAAACGCCUCUGGAAUGCGAGGGUCCUUUGGAGAAAUGCAGAGUGUACCUCUCUUAUCGGACUUCGCUCCCUCCCUCCCCCUUUUCUCCGCCUCCCACAGGAAUUAUCACUGCUGGAACGAAUCCUGGAUGACCCGCCCAGAUCUUGCAGGCGGGUAUGAUGGCUGGCAGGCUUUGGACCCAACUCCCCAGGAAAAAAGCGAAGGUAUCUCUGCCCAGAGCGCCAGCCAAUAGCCUCCUCCUCCAUCCUAGCACCCUGCAGAGGUUUAGGGCUACAGCUCUCAGCCCCAUAGGCAGGCCCCAAAGGAUUUGGGCUGGGAGGAGGUUGUCUGUGUUGCUUAACUGAAGGACGGGGUAGAACUUUAAUAGGAAAAAGGAAUGGUGCCUGAUGGCAACGAUGACAAUCGCUUAUUACAGAUAGGCACGUAUCUAUAUGUACGCCGAGCCCGAUACCCAAUUUCCUAUCAUCACUUUGGCUGGGAGGUUCUGCAGAGUUGGGAAUGGAGGCAAUUAAGGGACAAAGAAAAGAGGCUUGAUUAUGCCCCUAACGCUCCAUACAGUGGGACCUUGGUUCUCAAACGUCUUGGUACUCAAACAACUUGGAACCCAAACACUGCAAACCCGGAAGUAAGUGUUCCGGUUUGCGAACUUUUUUUGGAAGCCAAAUGUGCUCCAUUUUGAGUGCCACACUUUCAUUUUGAGUGUUACGCUGAGGUCUGUCUGCUUUUGCUAUUUAUUUUGCGUUUUUGUUUUUGCGGCUCUUUUUUGUUUUGUUUUUGUGACUGUGUGGAACCGAGUUCAGUUACUGAUUGAUUGAUUGUGUGACUGCAGUACAUUGUUUAUUGCUUUCAUUUUAUGGAUCAAUGGUCUCGUUAGAUACAGUAGUAAAAUUCAUGUUAAAUGGCUGUUUUAGGGGUUGUUUUUAAAAGUCUGGAAUGGAUUAUUUUUAUAUAUAUAAUUUUUUCAUUAGUUUUCAACAUAUCAUUUUCAACAAUAAUUAAACGCAGCCAGUGUACGUUUUAAUAUUCCUCUGGUCGAUGGCUUCUUUCUCCUUGCAGGAGUCUACUGCUGUGGCCCCACUCCGGUCCGAGCUGUCAAGGAAGGAGACCUGAAGCUGAAGUACGACGUGAAGUUUGUCUUCGCCGAGGUCAACGCAGACGUGGCCUAUUUGAUGCUGCAGAGUGACAUGUCUCGGAAAAGGACCACGUACUCCUCUCUGGUGGGAAAGCACAUCACCACCAAGAGCGUGGGCAGGGAUGCCAAGGAGGACAUCACCCACAACUACAAGUACCCAGAAGGUACCCAGAGCAUCUCUGGGUUGUAUAUAAGUGGGAGGCAGGGAGGGAGGGAGGGAGGAAAGGAGGGAGGGAAUACUUGUUGUUGUUGUUUAGUUGUUUAGUCGUGUCCACCUCUUUGUGACUCCCUAGACCACAGCACGCCAGGCACUCCUGUCUUCCACUGCCUCCCGCAGUUUGGUCCAACUCAUGCUGGUAGCUUCGAGAACACUGUCCCACCAUCUCGUCCUCUGUUGUCCCCUUCUCCUUGUGCCCUCCAUCUUUCCCAGCAUCAGGGUCUUUUCCAGGGAGUCUUCUCUUCUCAUGAGGUGGCCAAAGUAUUGGAGCCUCAGCUUCAGGAUCUGUCCUUCCAGUGAGCACUCAGGGCUGAUUUCCUUCAGAAUGGAGAGGUUGGAUCUUCUUGCAGUCCAUGGGACUCUCAAGAGUCUCUUCCAGCACCAUACUAGAGGGAAUACUAGAUUCAGGGAAAUCUAUGCCUACGGAAGUCAUUUUCCAAACUUUCAAUAAUGACAAAGAUUCAUGUCUCUGAAUGUAAGGACGAGGAUUCACAUCAGUUUCCUAAACUUCUGUAUUUAUUUAUAAAAACAUUUAUAGACCGCUGUAUCAUUAAAAAAAAGUCAAAGCGGUUUACAACCAAAAUACACAAAGCCACACACAGUACAAACCAUACCUUUUAAAAAUAUUCUUUUUAAUGGACAUCAAAUAAGAUAAAUAAAUAAAUAAAAAUCCUUCCAGUAGCACCUUAGAGACCAACUAAGUUAGUUAUUGGUAUGAGCUUUUGUGUGCAUGCACAUUUGGUAUCUGAUACCAAUAACUGGGACCUCUAAACUACAGUUAUUCAUGGACCUUAAGGUCCUCUGCGGGGCAGACCACGAGAGGCGGUCCUGUAGGUACCUUAGUUGUUCCUGCUUCCAUUUUUGCAGACUCAGAGGAGGAGAGGUCCGUCUUUGAGAAGGCGAAGCACCAGAAGGUCUACCCGCCAUCAGAAGAGGGCUUGAAAGUCAAAAUCAAGGCCUCUGAAGGGAUGAACAACGGGUGCGACUUUGACGUCUUUGCCGUCAUCAACAACAACACGGACACCGAGCGGCGAUGCCGGCUUAUGUUUGGCGCCCGGACUGUCACCUACAAUGGGACGCUGGGGCCAGAAUGCGGGAGCAAAGACCUGCUCAACGUCAACCUGGAGCCCUACGCAGGUAAAGACAGAUGAGAGCAGGUGAACUAUCUACCUUCUCCAUCCCCUAAUCAUAUGGACCCAUGAAGCUCCCUUGUUGUUGUUUAGUCAUUUAGUCGUGUCCGACUCUUCGUGACCCCCUGGACCAGAGCAUGCCAGGCCCUCCUGUCUUCCACUGCCUCCUGCAGUUUGGUCAAACUCAUGCUGGUAGCUUCGAGAACACUGUCCCACCAUCUCAUCCUCUGUCGUCCCCUUCUCCUUGUGCCCUCCAUCUUUCCCAACAUCAGGGUCUUUUCCAGGGAGUCUUCUCUUCUCAUGAAGUGGCCAAAGUAUUGGGAGCCUCAGCUUCAGGAUCUGUCCUUCCAGUGAGCACUCAGGGCUGAUUUCCCUCAGAAUGGAUCGGUUUGAUCUUCUUGCAGUCCAUGGGACUCUCAAGAGUCUCCUCCAGCACCAGAAUUCAAAAGCAUCCAUUCAGGAAUCUGGUGGGGUGGAGCCUGAACCAUUUCCCUCCCUAUAUGGGGGUCCCCAUGAAUCUCCCCCUCCGAGUUGUGGGGCUGGGGAAAGAGGGAGCAACCCCUGGCCCUGAGAGCAUGGCUUGGAUCCCAGGAGUCUGGAAGCAGAGCAGCUGCUGCUGCACUUUCAGCUUUGAGUAGAACAGCAACGACUGGGUGUUGUGCUGUUGCUCCAUUCUUUCUCUGGAGGCAGCAGACAGAGGAUUUGCAGCAAGCCUCUUGCUGAGCAGGACCCAGCGGCCUUUGCUCCCCUCUCCAGUCCCUUCCUGGGCUGCAAGCUUUCCCUUUCCUCCCCUGCCCCUCUGUUGCUCCACUUCUCCUCCAGUUGAGAUGGCUUCCCUUCAGCCCAGCUGUUCCCCAUCAGUCUGUGACCUCCUUGCGCCCCCAGCUCCACUUCUCCUUGUUUAGCAUUCCUGCUGCGCUUCAGGAGUGACGGAAUGGAAAUGAUCUGCAUCAAGCACCCAGACCUCCUCCUCCUCUUCCUCCUCCUCCUCCUCCUCCUCCUUCCCCUUCUCCUUCUCCUUCUUGCAGCAGGAAGCGCUGAUGGGGAGCGGCUGCCAGGGCAUCCCUAUCUCCUAGCUGCAACAUCACCUCCACCACAGCAGACAUCUCCAGAUGUUGGAGAGGCUUUCUUUGCCCAGGGCAGCGCCUAAAUCUUUGGCGUUGCACUUUUAGCCCUCCGCAUCUCUGGUUAGAGCAGGUGGUUAGGACCCUCUAGAUCAGCGGUUCUCAACCUGUGGGUCCCCAGAUGUUGUUGGACUACAACUCCCAUCAUCCCUGAGCUCUGGCCUUGCUAGCUAGGGGUGAUGGGAGUUGUAGUUCAACAACAUCUAGGGACCCACAGGUUGAGAAAGGCCGCUCUAGAUCAUGGGUAGGCAAAGUAAGGCCCGGGGGCCAGAUCUGGCCCAAUCACCUUCUCAAUCCAGCCCGCGGAUGUUCCAGGAAUCAGCAUGUUUUCACAUGAGUAGAAUGUGUCCUUAUAUUUAAAAUGCAUCUCUGGGUUAUUUGUGGGGCCUGUCUCGUGUUUUUACAUGAGUAGAAGGUGUGCUUUUAUUUAAAGUGUGUCUCUGGGUUAUUUGUGGGGCAUAGGAAUUUGUGUAUUUAUUAUUAUUUUUCAAAAUAUAGUCCGGCCCCCCACAAGGUCUGUGGGACAGUGGACCGGACCCCUGCUGAAAAAGUUUGCUGGCCCCUGCUCUAGAUCUUCUUGGACUACAACUUCCAUCCUCCUUCCUAGCCAUUGGCCAUGCUAGGUGCUGGGCCUGCUGGGAUUUGGAGUCCUCCCAUGUCUGGGGGGUCCACAGGGCUGCCACCCCUGAGCAAGGCUGGAGGGAGCCUCUCUUUCUCAGCUGGCAGCCUGAGACAUCUCUUGGCAACCCCACCAGGCCAUCCUAGGAUGGAAUUGGAGAGGGUGGCAUCGUCUCCUGGUUUCGAGCAGACACACAAAUGCUUGUGCAUUCUUGUGAGCUGCUUGUCACUUGGCUCACUCCUCUUGGCUCCCGUCCUGUGGAUUUUGGCACGAGGGCCUGGAUUCACAUCCUGAGGACCCAGAGUAAGUGGAAGGGGAUCAUUGCACUCUGAGCAGGCAAUUUCCUGCCCUUUGUGGCUCCUCCAAGUGAGCAGCUGCUAUUCCUUUCAGCCCAUUUAUAUAACAGCACCUGAAAGGCGGGGUUUGGGUGGUGGGUUUCAAGCAAACAAUGGGCCUUGCAGUGCUGGGGCUGGCGGAGUCAGGUUCCUUCCAAACUGCAUACCUUCGCAGAGGCAAAACCGCAGAGAUAAACAGCCCUUCCGGAGAUGGAGACUGGCGUGAGGCUUGGCUCCCUGCCCCAGGGGAGAGAGAAGUGCUUGUUUGCUUUGAACCCGGACCAAGAUUGUCACUGUGCAUUCAUGCAGAGGGUGUGUCAGCACAGGAGUUUUCGCUGGCCUCCUGGUGCCUGGGACUGUGGGGCUAAGAAUCAAGGCGGUGGGUGUUCUUUGAUUGGAACUUAUUAAGCAGAGGUGGCCAUCUGUCAGGGAUCCUUUAGCUGUGAUUUUUGCAUUGCAGGGGGUUGGACUGGAUGACCUUUAGGUUCCCCCAACUCUGUAAUCCCAUGAAACAGCUGGACUGGUUCUUCAAAUUGGUGGAUCUGGCUGGGCACUGAGUGACACUCCGGCGGGAGUAUGACCUCACCUUCUCUUUCGUAGAACCAUAGAACUGUCUAGUGGGACUCACAAAACGCCUGACAGAUGGCCCUCCAACCUCUGCUGUGAAAUCUCCAAGGAGGGAAAGUCCGCCACCUCUCGAGGGAGUCUGUUCCACUAUUGAACAGCUCUUACUGUUGAAGUUCCUCCUCAUGUUUAGUCAGAAUCUCCUUUUUCGUCAUUUGAAGCCAUUGGUUCAAGUUCUGCCCUCCAGAGCAGGAGAAAACAAGUUGGUUCCAUCUUCCAUGGGACAGCCCUUGAGAUAUUUGAAAAUGGCUAUCGUAUCCCCUCUAAGCUUUUCCUUCUCCAGGCUAAAAUACCCACCUCCACGGGGCAUGUUCAACAGUGCCUAGGAGAGGCAGAGGGGCCCUUUACUAAGGAAGAACCAGCUGCAUUUUUCCUCCUCCCUCCAGAUACCUUUUCCUUUUGUGCCAUGUGCCUUUUAGAUCAUAAGCAGGGAUGUUCUGUGAACAUUUGCAGACAGUGCAGAGAGCCUUUUUUCUGGCUGAAGAGCAAGGUGAAAAUGCUACAAAUAAAAGAGGCAGGCUCUAUCUCGUUCAGCUCCCUCUCGCCCCCACCCCCGCACCCAUGGUCAGUCAGAUUGCCCCAGGAAGCCCCUAAACAAACCAUGCAAGCCAGAACCUUCCCCCCCCCCUCCUUCUCUUGCAUUAAGAAAGCCUUUCCACCCUGGGGGCUUCCUCUUGCUUCAGCUGGCAGGCCUAGGCCAGGAUGCUCAUUUGCAUUACAAAUGCCUUCCCCCAGUUCCAGACAAACAGCAAGAAUUUGGAGGUGAGCAGCAAGGGAGGCUAGCUUCCUGGGUGAAAGCACCCACAGCCUGAGCACCCGCAGGUUGACAGCCAUUUGGAAGGGAAUGCAGAGACACGUUGAGGCGAACCGCAGGCUGUCGUUCAGCGCCCAAGACUGCUCAGGCAGAAAUCCACCUUAGGGUCAUUGAUGGAGCAUCGAUGUAAGGACCAGUGGUGAGAGCCACACAGACCCCUAAGAAGCUGUGACAAUCUGGGUCGCUUGAGCUUCCAAGUUGUCCUGAGGCUCCGUCUUGCUGGAUAUCUCCAAGCUGUGGGAUUUGGGGGGUAUUCCCACCCUUUGGGGACCCCCAAAGCCUCUAUGCUUGCAGAGGUUAAAACCCGGGCUGCUCCCAGGCUGCUGCUAUUUUGCAAACAGGGCUUGGAUCUUGUCCCAAAUAACUCAGGUUUGCUGUUCCAGUGGAUUCGGUGCUUUGGCACAACAAGCCCAUUUUCCUUUAAAAAAUGACCCUUUGCGGUGAGGAAAUUAAUGGGGAAAUUCAGCGUGGGAAAACAAUGGCUUGGUACAGCGCAGUUUAACCUCCCUUCAAAUAGGUCGGGAUGGCAGCUCAGUUAAACCGGUUAUCUGGGAGUGACCUUGGCCAGCUCACGGGUCCUCUUUGGAAAGACAUGAUAGAAACUUAUAAAAUUACUCUCGGCACGGGGAAACUGGAUCGAGAAGAGUUUUCCUCCCUCUCUGCUAACGCUGGAACUCAUGAACAGCCAGUGAAGCUGAAUGUUGGAAGGUUCAGAACAGUUAAAAGAAAGUCCCUUUUCAUGCAGCAGAGAGUUGAACUAUGGAACUCCUUGCCACAGGAGACAGUGAUGGCUGUUAACCUAGAUGGCUUUAAAAGAGGACUGGAUAAAUUCAUGGAGGAGAAAGCUAUCAAUGGAUAUUGGCCAUGCUUCUCCUUCACAGCUGGAGUCAGCCAUGCUUCUGAAUGCCAGGAGCGUUGCUCUUAUGGUCAGGUCCCGCUUGUGGGUUUCCCAUAAUGGGCAUCUGGUCAGUCACUGCGAGAGCAGGAUGCAAGACUGGAUGGGACACUGGCCUGAUCCAGCAGGCCCUUCUUAUACAGUGGUACCUCUGGAUGCGAACGGGAUCCGUUCCGGAGCCCCAUUCACAUCCUGAGUAGAACGUAAGACGCAACUGUGUGUCUGCGCGUGCGCGGGUCGCAUUUUGCCGCUUCGUGAUGUCAUUUUGAGCGUCCGCGCAUGCGUGAGCAGCGAAACCCAGAAAUAACACGCUCCGUUACUUCUGGGUCGCCGCAGAGCGUAACUUGAAAACGCUCAACCUGAAGCACAUUUAACCCGAGGUAUGACUGUAUUCUUUACUCCCGGGGGAAUUGUCCAAAUGCCAUCUCCAUGUCAGAAAGCAUUAAAUGCUGUGUCCUCUUUGCAUCCUAUUAAUACCCCAGAGUUUUAGUCCUCUCCAGGUUUUCCAUUUCAGCUGCAAUUCUGAAUUAAAGAAUCAGAAAGCUGAAGAAGCAAGGCAUGGGAACUACAGCAGAAGAAGCAAACUUUCUAUUUCUCUCUCUCUCUCUCUCUCUCUCUCUCUCUCUCUGCAUUCUUUCAUUUAGAAAUGACAUGUUUUCUUCCAGAGCUGGGAAGGAAUCUGAUAUGCUUUGAUCCAACACUUUCUGAUGGCACUGUAGAGUUUUACGUGCACCAGAAACCUUUUACAAGUGCAACUUCCACUUGACCCGCCUGCGUUAACUGGGCCUUAUCUUAAAGACCCUUGCCGUUAGGCAGACUUUGGAAGAGAUUUAAAAACAAAAACCCACAAGAUCCCUAAAGGAGGAAACUCUGCAAGACUUAGAGGCAGAGGCCAAGUGUAAACCCAGAGUCUUGGCCAAAUGCAUCCUAGGGCAGCUAAUUUGCGUCUGGCCCCCUGCUGGACACAGCUGGGUUUGGGGAGCCAUCAUGGCUUUGAAGUGCACCCGGAUGUCUAUUGCAUUGAGGGCCAAAGAGAGAUCAGGGCAGGUGCACGGCUGUCACUCAACGCAGCAGCAGGAGACCCACAUCCAUGCCUCUCCCCAAAUUACUGGGCGAAAUAGCAGACAUGCAACAGGAAAUGGUUAGAGGGACGCGGGUGGCACUGUGGGUUAAACUACAGAGCCUAGGGCUUGCCGCUCAGAAGGUUGGUGGUUCGAAUCCCCGUGACGGGGUGAGCUCCCGUUGCUCGGUCCCAGCUCCUGCCAACCUAGCAGUUCGAAAGCACGUCAAAGUGCAAGUAGAUAAAUAGGUACCGCUCCGGCAGGAAGGUAAACGACGUUUCCGUGCGCUGCUCUGGUUCGCCAGAAGUGGCUUAGCCAUGCUGGCCACAUGACCCGGAAGCUGUACUCUGGCUCCCUCGGCCAGUAAAGCGAGAUGAGCGCCGCAACCCCAGAAUCGGCCACGACUGGACCUAAUGGUCAGAGGUCCCUCUACCUAACAGGAAAUGGUUAAACUCACCAUCUUCCUACUAGGUGGGCAGAGCAGGAAGGGCCACAGCUCAGUGGGAGAGCACCUGUUUUGCAUGCAGAAGGUUCCUGGUUCAAUCCCCAACAUCUCCAGACAGGGCUGGGGAAAAUGACUAAGCCAUGAAAGCCAGGAGGGCUGCUGCCAGUCAGUGUAGACAAUACUAAACUCGGUGGGCCAUUGGACUGGCUCAGUAGAGGGCAACAUUCUAUGUUUGGAGGGGGAAUGGGAGAGCUCAUGAGUGAGAAAUCGGGCCCUCAAAUUUCAGCAUCACCCUGUGCGGUGCUAAAAUUCAGCACCCCCGCUACCCUAAAACUGCCCCCGUGACUGCAUAUGACCUCCAGGGUCAGGGUUCAACAUGCUUCGGAGAACAUCAGCCCGAGAGGGUGAUGGCCCUCAUCUCCCGCUUGUGGGUCUCCCAGAGACAUCUGGUGGUCCACAGUGAGACAAAGGAUGCUGGCUGAGGUAGACUAAUGGCAUAGGGAACCUUCGGGCAGCCUGAUGUCACUGGAUUUCAGCUCUCAGAAGCCCCAGCAAGCACAGCCAAUGGUCAAGGAUGAUGGGAGCUGUAGGUCAGCAAAAUCUGGAAGGCCAGAGGUUCCCCACACCUGAGAGAGGCUCUCCCUAUGUUCUGAAGGAGAUAUGAGGCUGAUGCCCUCAACCCAAGUGCAUAUGAGUUGGUUUUUGUGUCUGAUGCUGCAUCCAGAAUGCUUUCUCCCUCCUGUGGUUAUGUGGCUGGUUUCUCCCAGCUGUGGUUCUACCCAGCGGUCAACUGGGUAUGUGCAAGAGACAGUCCCUCACGCUGUCUUUACAUGAUGUUGCGGAAUCUUCUUAAAACUGGAGGAGAUCCAAGGAGUCUGGAUUCUGUCUUUGGCAAAGCUCAUGUUCUUUCUUCUUCUUCUUCCUCUCCAGAGAGGGUCGUCCCCUUGCGCAUCCUCUACGAGAAGUAUGGUGACUGCCUGACGCAGGACAAUAUGAUCAAGGUGAUGGCUCUCCUGAAGGAGCACGAGACCAACGAGAUCGUCCUCGAGUCCAGGAACAUCUAUGUCAAAAACCCAGAUAUCAAAGUCCGGGUAAGGCAAAUUUGCAUGGGGAUUUCAUGGCUGCUUCUGGGAAGUGGGUGCCCUGGGCAUAAUCACAUUGUAGAUGUUAUGGACUGAGUUGAAUAGGAUCCAGAAUGCAGCAGUCUGAUUGGUCCACAGGAGCCACCCAAUCCAACUCCAGGUGGAAGUGAAUCCGCAACCUGAUUGGCCUACAGGAGAAUCCCAGAAUUAGCCAAUCACGUGGGGCCCAUUGUGUAAAUAAUGUAUAUAAAGCAGACAUUUUGGGGGAACUUCCAUUCCUCCUCACCAGUAUGAGCUGAAUAAAGAGCAUGAAAUCCGCUCUUGACUCCAAGUCUAUUUCAGUAGAGUUGGAAAGGGUCGGAAUGGUCAUCUAGUCCAAGCCUCUGCAAUGCAGGAAAAAAUCCACUGCAGGUUCUGGGGAGAGACAGACAGACAGACAGACAUAUGUUGAGUCCAGACCGUGCAGCUUAAUGCAAUUCUGCUAGGGACAUGUGUGGUUCUUCUGUGUUUGCAAGAGAGAAUGACAAAGUAUCAUAUACUGGUAAGCAAGAUCUUGUUCUUAGAAGCUAUUGUAGAGGAACAGAUAAGGAAGUUAGAAGAAAGAAAGAUGUGUUGUCAUAUAUGGACACAGCUUCCUCCACGCAUACAGGUGCAAUAAAUGUUUGUGCCGUUUUCAUAGUUGUUCCUCUGCCCAUCAACUCCUUGUGGGCUGAGCUUGUGUUGCCCUGGCCUUGCAACGCCUAAGUGAAUGUCCUGUUUUGUUGACCCCUGGAAUCUGGCUAAACCCAAAGGAUACUGGGCACUGAACCCCAAUAUUUCCCCAUCAGGCUGAGCUUUCUCCUCUUUUCCAAAUGCAGAUCUUGGGGGAGCCAGUUCAGAAGCGGAGGCUGGUGGCCGAGCUGACACUGAAGAACCCCCUUCCGACCCCCCUGAAUGGCUGCCUCUUCGCGGUCGAGGGUGCCGGCCUGACAGAAGGGCAGAAGAUCCAGGAGCUGUGAGUUUCCCCCAACCACAUCUUCUGGUUCUCAAUACCAACACUUCCAAGACCCGAACAAGGGCUGUUGACGCCCAAUUCAGUUGUGGAAGGGGAAAAGGGGGAAAGGCUUGAUUCUGCAAGCAGAGCAGCCUUUGGGCGUUCCAGGAGUUGCAGUGGUGAGAGAGAGGGAGGAGAACUUUUCUCAAACCAACCAUGCAUAAUUUCACAAACGUCUAUCGUGUUGCCUCUCGCUGGCCUUUUUGCUCAGCUGAGAAGCCUGAAAAACAGCAGCCUUCCUUUGUAGGGAAGUGGUUCUGAUCCCUUGCACCAUUGGAUCAUUACAAAAGGAAGUGAAUAUAAAACUACUGGCAUCAUGAUGUCAUUCUACAAAUCUAUGAUGCAACCACAUUUGCAGUACAGUCGUACAUUGGAUCCCAAAUGUUUUGGCUCCCGCAAACCUGCAAGUGAACGUUCCAAUUUGCAAACGUUCUUUGGAACCCAAACGUCCGACAAUACUUCCACAGCUUCCGAUUGGCUACAGGAGCUUCCUGCAGCCAAUCGGAAGCCGCGCCUUGGUUUCUGAAUGUUUUGGAAGUUGAACGGACUUCCGGUACGGAUUCCGUUCGACUUCCCGGAUACGACUGUACUGUGUGAUCUUCUGGUCACCUUGCCUCAAAAAGGAUAUUGCCACCAGAAUUUUUCCUCCCUCUCUCAGAACUCUGGAACGUGUGGACUUUCAAGGAAACUUUUAUCAGGAAAGAUAAAAUUACUUCUUCUUGCAGUGCAAAGUUAAACUAUGGAACUCAUUCCCACCAGAUUAGAUAACUUCGUGGAGGAGGAAAGGGUUACUGAGGGCUCCUAGCCAUGAGAGCUGUUGGAAGCUGCCCAGAGUGGCUGGGGAAGCCCAGCCAGAUAAUAAUAAUAAUAAAAUUUUAUUUAUAGCUCGCCCUCCCCAGCCGAAGCUGGGCUCAGAGUGGCUAACAACAGUAUAAUAAUACAGAUGGGCAGGGUAUAAAUAAUAAAUUUGUUUUUGUUAUUAUUGUUAUUGUUAUUGCUAUUGUUCUGCCUCCACAGUCAGAGGCAGCAAUGCUUCUGAAUACGCGUUGAUGGAAACUCUGGGAAGGGAAAGGGCUCUUGUGUUGACGUUCUGCUGGACUCGCUGGGCCCUGGGCCUGAUCCAGCGGACUCUUCUGAUGACCGUAGGUUGACCUCGUGUGUCCCCCUUCCCCUCUCUCCGCAGGGACAGCCCCGUCGGGCCGGGUGAGGACGCCAAGGUGAGGGUGGAGUUCGUGCCCCGCCAGUCGGGCCUGAGGAAGCUGGUGGUGGAUUUCGAGAGCGACAAGCUGAAGGGGGUGAAGGGCUACCGGAACGUCAUCAUCGCCCCCCUGCCCAAAUGAUGUGCCGCCCCGCCCUGCCCGGGAGGGAAGAGGGUUGCUUUGCUGGCCCGGCCUGAAAUCCAUCGCCUGAGCCGCCUCUUUAGAAAGAUGGGUGAUUCCGGCAGCAAUGGGGACCCUGGAAAACUCCCCCAGUGUACACUCAAAUGUGACAAUAUUGCAAGGAGCCAUCACUCCCAACUGCUCCUUCACCAAGGAGCCGAAAUUUGGUCCUAGCUAGACCCUCCCCUGAAAAAAAAAAGAUAUAUUUUUGUGGCUUUUUCAAAGAAUCGUAGUUAGAAUUGACCUCCAGAGGUCAUCUAGUCCAACCCCCUGCAAUGCAGGAAUUACGGCUGAAGAAUCCCAGUUGGAAAAGCUCCAGAGGAGUCUAGAAAGUUCCUCCUGAUGUCAUUUGCGCACACAGCAGAAAUGUAUCGCUUUGGGCCACAGACGGGGCGGGUACUUUUUGAGAGUUCCCCCGUGAAAAAUGACAUCACACGCAAAACUCCCCCCAGCAGCGCCUGGCAAGUAUGCAGAAUCCCUGGGCUGCUGGUUUUCUGUCUUCAAGGGAGUUGGAGCAAUAAAUAAAGCUCCGUCCUUCCACCUCAGGAGGACUUGAACCCCUUAUCUCCCCUCCGUCUGCUGUGUCCGUAAGACAGGAAUAUCUCCUGCUCAGAAAUGGGUGGCCCUUAAUGCCCAGCUGUCUGCAGCCCCAACAAAAUGUGACAUGCCCUUCCCCGAAGUCGCAGGGGAGAGGGACGCAAAUAUUGUAAGCUGCUUGCUGCAUCAUGCCAAAAAUAAAGAAAAUAAUAUAUAUCUAGACUCCAGCACAGUAGCCACCAGAAAUGUACGGCAGCAAGUACAGACUUCUGCUACGCCAGUCCUGAAAGACCCACCUAACCCGGCAUCCUGUUCUCAAAUCCUGAUCAUCAAAUGCCUCUAUUGGGAAACCCGCAAGCGGCAUUCGAACACAGAACCCCUCUCCACUCCUGCAGUUUAGUAGCUAGUAGCCAUCAAUAGUCUCCUCCCCCUCCAGGAAUUUGCCCCGCCCUCUUUUAAAGUUGGUCCCUGCCCCAUGUGGGAGGGAGUUCGGCAGUCUAACCGUUCACCAAGGCCCAGGGCUUCACAUUGAUGGCACAAGCGCUUUGUCUAAGAACUGUGGCGAGCGGAGUUUUAUUUCGUGUUUGAAACCAGGGAAGAUCUGGCUGGGUGGGACAGGAGAAGGACUCGGGAGAAGGAGUCUGCCAACGACCGUCAGAUAAACAGAGACGUCAAAGGCACUCAGCGCUGCCAAGACAGAUGCUGGCCAGAGACACCAGCUUUUCUUGGGCUCAAGAGCACCAGCUUCAAAUCCUUUCCCUGGGCCAUCUUUAAGUACUUAGCCGGAGAAACAAACUCUCUGUGUUUGUUAAAAGGCAUGGCAGGGGAAAAAAUGAAAAUUGUGAGCCAGGACUGUGGAGGAGAAGGAAGGCAGAGAAAGCAGCUUUCUUACCCCUUCCAGUGCGGUUUCUGGGGAACAGAAAGACAAGCGCAAUUUCUUGGUGGAGGCAUUUCUUGCUAAGAAGCUCCCAGGUCCACACUUUGGAGAAAGAUUCAUUUAUUUUUUUAAAAAGCUGACCCAAGAAACAAAGGGCUUAAUAAUGUGAGCAAUGUAACAUGUACAUACCUAUAGAUAUAUUUGUGUACCGUGAUGCUAUGCGUAAUCUCAAAUGUGCAGAGGAGAAGGUGGUUUGCUGCCUUUGCUUGAUCCUUUCUAGCUGACGCUCGCGGCAAAUGCCGUGUUCUCAGAGUGGAACUGAACUAUGCAAUCACUGAAUAAAGAGUUAAUUUUUCACCUUCAA